GAUUAUCUUUUCGUUUCGUUUUGUUUGACUCCUUUCAAGUUUUCGAAUGUUGCAGUAAGUGAAGAUAUCUUGCUACUAUUGUUGCCCAUAGGUCAGUUAUACAGCACUUGGAAGCAGUUUUGUCACAUGGCAAUAGAGUAUAGCGGUGUUUUCAAUAUUUGAAGGCUAAGUGACUUUUUGGAGGCUAAACUAGCUUGUUGAUGCUGCCUAGCACUGAAAGAGUUAAAUGUUCGGAGUUAUGGUAGUUAUAGUAUAAGUUAGUUAUGGUAUAAGUUAGAGAGGGGUGUGUGGUAAUGGGAUUUGGCUGCUCAGGGAUCGAUCCUGUAAACAAGUUUGACUGCUCAACAUUGCAACCUUUUCGUUAUCCUCUGACUUUUAUUAUCCAUUUUGGCUGCCUUGUGUCUUUUUUGGAAAUCCAAAAAAAAAUCAGUCUCUUCCAACCGCACAGCCCUUCCUAUUUUGUUUGCUCAAUUUAAGAGAUGAUCUGCCAAGGACUUAUUUUGUUGUUAAAAAUGUUCAAUUAGCUUCAUCUGGUCAUUCCCUACCUUUUACUGCCAAUACAAUUGACAGUCUCUCUAUUUUCGGUGUUGAGAGCUUCAUUCAUUGAAUAUCUGCCUAUAAGAUCCUUCUUGUUUAUGUUAUUUUUUCUUUUCAGGGAAAGGGAAGGUGGUGAAUUUCUCCUCUGAAAAUAAGAUAUACAGUAUCCAUUUAAGUACAUAAAUAUAGGUCAUUUCAAUAGUAAAGUGUUUAUGCUCUAAUCAUGUUCAAAUCUUCAAUCAUAUUGCUUCUGUUAAAAAAAGUCAAUCAAAUCUGGUACAAAUAUUAUGUCCUAUUUUAAGCUAUACAAUGACAGUUCCAAAAAUUCUAGCAGAUUCAUAAAAUAGUGCUUGACCAAUUUAUUAAUAUUUUGACGCAAUGGGAGCAGUGGAAAACGUGGGAACAGCAAAUAGUAUUUUGUUUUAGCAGCAGCCCUACAGGCUACAUACCCAGGCUUAUUUGCCUAACUUGUAAAAUUGUAGCAAACUGCACUAAUAAUGGGAAACUUUAUUCGGAAAUAGCCGGGCUUAGAAUAUAGCUGUAAAACCACAAAACAAAUAUCACAUAUAGUGUAAUACACUUUAAAACACCAUACAAUUAAAAGGUGGGCUAUUGCACUCACACACGCAUGUAGUUAGCAGGCAGAACAUAUAAUCUCUGUGUCAGGGAUCCAUUGAUGUUUCAGCUCCCAAUUAUUUUCGGUGAUAUGUAAAUGGUAGUAAAGUGACAAGUAUAGUGCGAAACUGUAUAACAUUUAAAAGCAUUAUCUUUAAUAAUAUUGCACUUACAAAUUUACAAAUAAUAAAAGGCACAUCUACAAGCUGUACUUGUGCUUGAUCCACAGUAAGGGAACUUCUCCUAAACGGCAAUGUAAAAUUAACCCUAAGCGUUUCGUCCGCUUGCACAGACUUCCUCAGGGGUGUUCAAGUAAGUGUGCAGCUGCAUACAAAAACAUACAAGUGAUGGAAGGAGGCAGGAGGUGUACUGACUCUUGCCACCAUGACUACUUUAAAUCACCAAAGUGGUCGAGGAAGCUAGAGUAACCCUUUAAACGCUAAAUUCCAAAUGCUAAAACACUCUCUAAGCACUAGUACACUGUUAUGAUGGUUUUAUAAAUGCCAGUUAAUAUUUAAUUAAUUAUGACAUUAAGAUAUAUGCAUUCUUAAUUUAGUAUUUCAGGAAUAAAUGCCUCCCAAGAAUCAAAGAAGAAAACUGCCUUCUCCUCUGCCAGAAGGAUUGAUCCUAACAGACACAAAUAAAAAAGAAUGGACAUUAGGCAAGACUAUUGGAGAAGGCGGAUUUGGUUUAAUAUAUUUGGGUAAAUAUGCAAUUCUUUGUGGUCUCGUGUUACUAGCCAGACAUUAAAAGUUACUUGCCACUACAAGCCAUAGCAUACCUUUUAAGAGGUGAGCUUCUACUCGCCAUGGCUAAAUUUUCGCUCACCAAUGGUUAGUGGCAAGUGAAAAUUUUUAACCUGGACACGUCAUUUGUUGAGUUUAGAGACCUAUCGGAGAUAUCUCCACCUAAUUGUGGUAUGGAAAACUUGCAUAACAUUUAGUAACUAGCUUUAAUUUGUUAAUAAACCAUAAGUGUUCAUGUUAAUAAAACAUAAGUGUUCAAACUUUUUUCUAUGAUAUAUUUUUUUAUUCUGAUAUAGAUAUGUUGCAUAGUAGUUAUUACACAAAAUAAACAUUCAAUCUCUCUCUGUAUUAUCAAAAUAGAAAAAUGAAUAGAUGCAUCAAUAUCGAGUAAAGUUUUAAGUACUCAUUACCAUGUAUGCCUGCAGUCCGUGCAGGAGCCCUGCACCCAAUGUAUCAAUGUAGAAGAAAGGUUCUGCAUAUCUCACCAUCAGGGUUCCAAACGUUCUCGUAUAUGGCUCAGGUACUGCUAGCAUGUGCAUGAAACGUAUUAUAGCUGUUUAGUUAAAAGAUCAAAAAUGUUGGCCUUGCUAGGCACCAAUACAGCUUUCCAGUGACAUGCUAAUUAGAUUUUUGGGGACCUUCACAUUUUUAAAUAAGAGUUUUUAAAAAGUCAUUAUACCAUUUAUUCUAGCACCAGUACAGUUUGCUCUCUGCAGCUCAAUUCUCUUCUGGAGAAAUUAUCAAGCUUGAUUUAUGCCCAGCUAGCAAGAAGCAAUGAGAACGCAUGGUGCAUGCAGUGAUCCACCUGUCCAUUGCGUCUCUAUAAGAAGCAGUUAAUCCAAUGCUAUUCAUAGGGAAGCAUGCUGAUGCUGGACACUAAACAAACUGAAAACAGCACCGUAUCCCAACCCCCUCUGCUGCAGUCUUGAUUAUGAGGAAGUCUUACUUCCUCAUUAUCCUGCCAAAAUAUUUUAAUUAACCUGUUUAGUAUCACUUAAUUAAAGGUUCCUAUUAUCCUGGGCAAUGAAGAAGGGGAAUCUUCAUGUUGUUAUUAUGCUGGUGGCUAGGGGAAAUGUGCUUUAGUUUUUUGGGGGGGAUUUUUUUUUUCCAUCUUCAAAAAAGUCCCUGUGUGGGGGGACUGAGAUGUUGAUCCUUACUACUUGCACUUUAUAAAUAAGGAAGCACUUUAAACUGUGAUUGAAGAGAUCAUGUGAGUGUACACUGUCUUUUGGAUAUAUUGAUGGUUGAAGUGGAGAACCCAGACAGGGACCCUUUUUUUAAAGGAGCUGGCGAGUGAAUUUUAAAGCCCAUGGCUUUUUCUGAUAAUAUUGUCUGAAAUAGAAACUGUAGUAUUGACUUCAAGUAAGAGUUCUCCUUUAACUUAAUUGAUGCCUACCCAAUUCUCCACAGGAAUCAUUACAUACCCUGGGGUUUAUUCUCUAAACACAGACUUAUGGUGAAUUGAAAUAUUAAUUGGAACAUUUUGAGUUGGAUCAUUUCUACCAAAACAUUACUGUUCAGUUUCAAUUCACAUGAAUAAUUUAGUUUAACCCCUUAAGUAUACAUGACAUGUGUGACAUGUCAUGAUUCCCUUUUAUUCCAGAAGUUUGGUCCUUAAGGGGUUAAAGGAACACUCUAAGCACCAUAACACUUACAUCCUGCUGUAAUGGUUAUGGUGCAAGUAUUGGCACCCUCACAGGGAAGGGGUAAAACCAUUAAAUCAUAUGUGGUAUAUUAAUUGUGUGAGAAAAAAAAAAUUAAGUCAUCAUUUUGUUUGUUACAGCUUCUCCUGGGCGUGAUAAACCAGUUUCUAAUGAUGCUGCGCAUGUCGUAAAAGUGGUAAUAUAUGUAUAUAUACAGUUAUUUUUUUAUAUGCAUGUGAAAGAAAAGGUAAAUAGUAUACUUUGUACUAUUUCAUAUUACAACUUAUCAGUAGAAUCUAAAAUUGAGAAAAUUGAAAUUCUAUAUUUAUACCCUCCACAUCUGCAGUAUUAACCACGCACCAUGCUGCAUUAACCCUACACCCACGGCAUUAAAGAAACAGUUUAGGCACCAUAAAAACUUCAAUGGGUUGAAGAGGUAAUGAUGUCUGGAAUCUAUGGUCGCAGAGUCCUGCUUCUCCGCUAAACAGUUUAAAGUUUAGUAAAGAUUCUCUGCCGUCGGCAGCUGAAAGCGAAAGCCUGGUAUCAGUUCGCUAUUCUUCUACCUUGCAUUAUACCAAUUUAGACCAGGGAUUGAGUUAGUAGUUGGCAGAGAGGGCUGAGCUCACACUUUCAGUCUACCACUGCCCACUAACCCUGUUAUGGAAUGAAACAGAGCAUAGUUCCACCUCUAUAAUUUUGUCAUUGGAGGCUUGGCUUCAGAUUGCCGGGUACUAAGCAUUUCAGAAAAAUUAGUUUAGAAGUGAUACAGGACUCCGCUCCAUAACCACAUAAAUCUAUUGAAGUAGUUUAGGUAAAUUCAGUAUUCCAUUAACACAAGGUUUGACAGAUCCUGGGCCCUAGGUCGCCAUGGCAACUAGGAGUUUUGCCUUGCGCCUGAGAUUUGUGAGCCCGUUCCCCCAAGAGAAAGUUGAUCCAUUCCAGGUCUCCCAAAGGCAGGGGGGGUGGGUGGAAUAAAAUUAAAACAAACAAUUUGUUAUUGCAUGUCUGUGCAUCUGUUAGUGUGUCUGUGUGUCUGUCAGCGUGUCUUUGUGUGUGUUUCAGUGUGUGUGUGUUAUGGUUUGUGUGUCUGUCAGAGUAUGUGUGUGUUGAGGUUACCAGCCCCUCUCCGAUUGCAUGGGAACGGUGAUUUUUCUCAUCUUGUAUUCUCAUGCCGUGCUGGUUUCCCCACUGCUAACCUCGCCUCUAUCAAGCUUGACUAUCUCAGCCAAUCUAAUGCUUUCCUUUAUGAAAGUAUUGGGUGACUAUUGUGCAUGCGUUGCAAAACACUGCUCCAAUUGGCUUCUCCUCAUAGAGAUACAUUGAAUCAAUGCAUCUCUAUUGGUAAUAUUCAGUGAUUCCAUGCAGAGUGUGGAGACACUAAAUGUAGGUGCUGCACACUGUGCAACACUGAGAUAGGAAACUCUUUAGUGGCCAUCUGAGUAACGGCCACUAGAGGUAUCACUGGGCAUCAAUGUAAACAUCUUUUUUUCUAAAAAGGCAGUGUUUACAUUGAAAAGCCUGAAUGGACAGGCUAUAAACACCAGAACACCAUGCUGUGGUCCUGGUAACUAUAGUGUCCCUUUAAGAAUUGUAUGUUUGUUGUUGAAAAUAAAGUUUUUUUGUAAAGUUUAAAAAAAACAAAAACCUGCUCCUAACAUUUUUAGCUGGCUCCUAGAUUCAAAGCAAAUUUGUCAAGCCCUGCGUUAACCCCCAUAUUAUAGCAUUACUUUGCACCCACAGCAAUCCCCUAUACUGUGCUUUAUAGUUAAAGGGACACUAUAGGCACCCAGCCCACUUCAGCUUAUUGAAGUGGUCUGUGUACAGUGUCCCUAUUGUACUUAGUGCUGCAAUGUUUCCAGAGAAACUGCAAUGUUUACAUUGCAGCUCUAAGUCUGCUUCCAGUGGCUGUCGCCCAGGUUAAAGGAACACUAUAGUCACCUAAAUUACUUUAGCUAAAUAAAGCAGUUUUAGUGUAUAGAUCAUUCCCCUGCCAUUUCACUGCUCAAUUCACUGUCAUUUAGGAGUUAAAUCACUUUGUUUCUGUUUAUGCAGCCCUAGCCAAACCUCCCCUGGCUAUGAUUGACAGAGCCUGCAUGAAAAAAAAAACUGGUUUCACUUUCAAACAGAUGUAAUUUACCUUAAAUAAUUGUAUCUCAAUCUCUAAAUUGAACUUUAAUCACAUACAGGAGGCUCUUGCAGGGUCUAGCAAGCUAUUAACAUAGCAGGGGAUAAGAAAAUCUUCAUUAAACAGAACUUGCAAUAAAGAAAGCCUAAAUAGGGCUCUCUUUACAGGAAGUGUUUAUGGAAGGCUGUGCAAGUCACAUGCAGGGAGGUGUGACUAGGGUUCAUAAACAAAAGGAUUUAACUCCUAAAUGGCAGAGGAUUGAGCAGUGAGGCAGCAGGGGCAUGUUCUAUACACCAAAACAGCUUCAUUAUGCUAAAGUUGUUCAUGUGACUAUAGUGUCCCUUUAAGGUAAGGUAAGUAAACAAAGGGGUUUUUAACCUUUUAUUCACUGUGUUGGGAGUACAUGGCGUGUGUGUGUGUGCUACAGAGCCAGGAAUACAAAUUGUAUUCCUGGCACUUAUAGUAUCCCUAUAACCCUAAAUAUGGCACAUUAAAGAAAUAGCAUUUCCAAUUUUACAGUACCACUUUCUCAGUAUUAUAGGGGAAUCAGGGCUAACAAUGAGAGACUGCCAGAAUCAGACCUUGGACUUUUCAACUUAGGUCAGCUUCCCCAGCAUUUCUUAGUCUGCAAGGAAACAUGCCUUCCCCUAACACUUAUUUAUAAUUAUUUCAUUAAUAAUAGCUUUUGGAGGGGUUCUGUACAUUGCCACUCAAAAUGGUUUAAUUCAUAACCAUGGGGCAGAGCCAGGGGGGCUUUCUGGUACCACAAACAUAGUGUUCGUGUACUGUAGCGUGUAUGGUGCUUAGAUUGUCUUUUGUUAUUGUCAAAUUCCUAAAGAGUUAUGUGAAUAUGAGCAGAAUAUUACUUUGGAAUAAUAUAUUAAAAAUAGUAUAAACAUACCUAAUUUCUCAAAUUCUUUGUUUAUUAAUCUACACACACAACCCUGUUUAACCAGUAUCACACAUAUAGUAAGUUAACAAACUACCCUUUUAUGUAUGAUCUGAUACUAAACGUUUACCAAUAUAUUUUUAGGAAUACCAUGAAAAUGGACCUUUGUUUUGCGAACUGAAAUUUUAUCAAAGAGCAGCAAAAGAUAAUCAAAGUAAGUAUGGCUUACUGCUAACAAUUAAAAUGUGGUGUACGGACAUGCAAAAAGGGUAGGGACGCAAAUGAAAACUGACCUAGUGUAAGCCCUGCAUAAAAAUGUAGACUUUGUUUCUUUUUUUAUUUUUAACUUCUAAGUAACACAUGGUGCAACACUGGUGCAUGUGCUUAUAUAAUUAUUUUCAAACACUAGAUGUUUUGAAGCCCAUGCUAAUUGCUUAAUUUUUUUUAACAAAUAUGUGUUUCUGAGGUUUGAAAUAUAAAAUUAAAUCCCCAAAUCCACAUCUCUCUGUUUACCACUAUUUAGCAAUUAAAUACCUUCAUCCUUUACAUCAUUGCUGUAUACCUUCUUUUCUUCCAUUAAAAAUGCAUUAGCCCCUGUUAGUAUAGAGAGGACUCCCCCAAACUUUCCUGAUAUAUCUUUGUGUUUGCUGAGAUAAUCAAUGGCGAAGAAGAAACACAACAAACAGAGAAGGAGAAAGACAAACUACAUAGCUUCCAAAAUACUAGAGGGGCACUUUAAUUUUAGAGGCAAUGCAGACGGGAAUGCUCUAAAAAAAAAUUGUAUGACAUACUUAUAACAAUAUAUGCAAAUAAAAUGUAAUUUAGAAGAACAACAACACUGUAUUUUAGUUACAAAGACGGAUUGCUAUACACAUUUAUUGUAGUUUAAAGGGACACUAUAGUUGCCAGAACAACUACAGCUUAAUGUAGUUGUUCUGGUGAGUAUAGACAGUCCCUGCAGGCUUUUUGCUGUAAACACUGACUUUUCAGAGAAAAGGCAGUGUUUACAUUACAGCCUAUAGACGCCUCCAGUGUCAAUUCCUCAGAUGACUACUAGAGGUGCUUCCUGGGGCGGUGCUGCGACAUUCAGUAUCUCCACCCUCUUUCCUCAUAGAGAUGCAUUAAUUCAAUUGAUUCAAUGCAUCUCUAUGAGGAGAUGCUGAUUGAGCAGUGUUUGGCUCCACCCCAUCCUGCCACCUUGGCUGAGAUCAUCAGAAUUGACAGUCUCAGCAAAUGCUUUCCUAUGGGGUAGAGCCAGCACUAGCAGACAGAAAUAAAGGUAAGAUCUCAUUGUAUUUAUAAGGGCAAAGGGAGGGAGGGGGCAGAGGGCCUACAUAGUGUUUUGUUCUAUAGGGUCAGGAAAACAUGUUUGUGUUCCUAAUCCUAUAGUGUUCCUUUAAAUACACAUUACUGGGAGUAUUGUUGCUGUGAAGCUCUGUUAUACACUCAGUCACACAAACAAUAUGGAGCUCCAAGGAAAGAGGGACAUUAGGAGAGAAAAGUGGAGGGAUUUGUCUCUGCUAAAUAGGGACAGUUGGGAGAUAUGAAACCAUGUUUUUGUUGGGGUGAUUUGAUUUUCAGUUUUCUUUAUAUGUAUUUAAAGUGAAAGUGAGCAUUGCAUCUAAAAAUUUUAGCAGAAAUUACAGAUGAUCUUCAGUGUAAUACUCUGUGUAAUUUCUACAGAAGUGAAGAUUCUCGGUUAAGGAGCUAGAAGUCUUUAUACAUUGAGUUAACCAAAAAAUGUUUGCAUAGUCUCUGUGUGUCAAAAUCGUUCUAUUGUGCAAUGAUCCUGGGCCAUGCUCCCUUAUUUCAAAGUUAGCAACCAGAAGUAAGCAAGUUUCCAUGUUCUCUUCAGUAACUCUUGGCUGUGACUAUUGAGCCACUUGAGCUAAAAUGUGGAUCAGAGCAUACGUUGCUUAUACAGAUUUUUAUGUUUUUAUGUUUAUUUUACAGUAAAAGCAUGGGUAGCAAGACACAAGAUGGAUUACAUUGGAAUUCCCAAUUACUGGGGAUCAGGGGAAACUAAAUCCAGCUCAACAAGGUAUGAUGACUCUGGCGUAAGGAUUGCUGGUUAGUAAAGAACUAUCAGUUUAGCAGUGAGAGCAUUAUACUAUUCAUGUCUAUAUUACUUAAAGGAACACUAUAACGUUAGGAAUACAAACAUGCAUUAUAGUGUUAGCGUCCCAAUUUAGAUUAGAGGUUUCUUGUAAAUUUAGGUGUUUUACCUACCUUUUUCUAGUGCUGCAUCACAGUCCUUGCAGCCGGAAGCUUUUCCUACUGCGUCGUUAUAUCACACUUCUCUCCCAAUCCAAUUAUUGUCACAGAGAAACAUUAUGCAUCAGAAACGCAUGCACAGCAAACUCUGUGCUUGUUCAGCAUUUGGUGAUGAUUGAAGUCCUCAUGGAUAUUGAAUGUCACAUGACCGAGUUAAAUUCCGUCGUUGUAGUGAAAACGCCUCUAGUGGCUGUCCGGAAGACAGCCUCUAGAACAGUGAUGGCUAACCUUGACACCAUAAAUUGUUUCUGGACUACAUUUCCCAUGAUGCUCAGCUAGCCCUUAGAGUCUAAAAGCUAGCUGAGCAUCAUGGGAAAUGUAGUCCAAAAACUAUUUAUGGUGUCAAGGUUAGGCAUCACUGCUCUAGAAGCAUGUUUAGCCCUGAGAUGAAAACUUUAUCAUAUCUACAAAAUGGCUGUAUUUUCAAUUGCAGGACUAAAAAGACAGGGUCACUUCAUUGUGAUUAGGUGUCCUUGGUGCCUAUUUACAUGUAAGAAAAUGCUAAAAAUGCUUUUAAAGGAACACUAUAGCAUUAGGUAUACAAACCUGUAUUUCUGACGCUAUAGUGCUCUAUUUGCAGGUUUGUUUUAGGUCUGUCUCCGCAACAUCACCUGGCUCUGAAGCCAAUGGGCAAUCCAAUGCUCCACGUAUCGAAAUGCUUCAUAUAGAGAAGCAUUGAAUUCCGUGCUUUCUUAUGAUUUUCUGUGUCAUACAAAAGAGUUGCCUAGUGGCUGCCCUGGAAGACAGUCACUAUAGGUGGAUUUAACCCUGCAAUGUAAACAUUGCAGUUUCUAAAAACAAAACAAAAAACACAAACAGACCACUUCAUUAAGAUUAAGUGAUCUUGGUGACUGUAGUGGUGUUUAAACCUACCAGUAAUCCAGUGCUGGGACAGGACAGGUUCUUCACUGCAGUCCCAUGGAUGAAACCAUGAGACCAGGAUGAAAGCAAAGCACCCUAUCUGUGGGUACAUCUGUAAAUAUAUUUUAAAAAGCAACAUUUGAUUCCAAUUAUAGAAAGAAUGCCUCAAGUCUAUUCACCUGUUAUAUCUGGAAAACGUGGCUACUUUAAUAGGUCAGAAAUGUAGAUAAACAUUUUUUAAAGGGACACUAUAGUCACCAGAACAACUGCAUCUUAAUGUAGUUGUUCUGGUGAGUAUAGUAUAUCCCUGCAGGCUUUUUUCUGUAAAUACUGUCUUUUCAGAGAAAAGGCAGUGUUUGCAUUGCUCCCUAGGGACACCUCCAGUGGCAGUCACUCAGACGGCCACUAGAGGUGCAUCCUGCGGCAGUGCUGCACAAUGUGUGCAGCACUGAUGUUCAGCCUCUCCACGCUGAACUUUCCCCAUAGAUAUGCAUUGAUUCUAUGAGGAGAUACUGAAUUGUUAGGAUGGCGUUUGGCUCUGACCCGUUCCACCUCCUUGUCUGAUAUCAUCAGAAUUGGUGAUUUCAGCCAUUCCAAUGCUUUUCUACGAGAUGAUCUAUAUAAUAUUUUUAACACUUAAGGGUCAGGGUAAAAACCAAAAUUAUGAAAUCCAUUAAAUUUAAAGGAACACUAUGUUCUUUUAAGCUUAAUGAGUUCAUAAUUUUGUUUCUAUCUACAUUCGCUUGUUUGUCUUAUGCUUUAUUAUCAAAGUACAUUAAGGCAUUAAACUAUGUAAAGUAACAAAACAAAAGUUUAAAACUGAAGGAGUUUUAGUGCGUGCAGCUCAGUAACUGUCAUUGAAGCCCCGGAAAAUGUGAUGCAAUUGGAAGGCGGCUAGCUGCAUUACAGAUAAACAUUUUCUAGCUUAAAAUUAUGUACUGUCACUUUCAGGUGACAAGAAAUCGGAGGAAGUUUCUGGCAUAGAAGAUCAAGAUAUGUUUUUGUUCUCUUAACCUGGUUAUUAUCAUGAGAGCAUUAUGGGCAUGAGAGAGAUGAAAAUACUAAAAGCUACACUUUCUGUCCAAUCUCGUUUGAAUACCUUCUUUUUUAUUUAUUUUUUAAUUUUUUAAUUUUGUUUUAUUCUCUUUUAAGACACUUUUAAUGUUAUACUUUGUGUAAAUGCAUUGUUUCAGGCACCUUAUUCUCAUAUACUGCACUACAUUUUUAAUGCGCCAACGUUUCCUUUUCAUUAUAUUUUUAACAGCUACAGGUUUAUGGUGAUUGAUCGUCUUGGCACAGAUCUACAAAAAUUGCUUCUCAGCAAUGGUGGAAAAUUUCCAUUAAAUACAAUUAUGCAAUUAGGGAUUCGUUUGGUAAGUUUCAACUAACAGUGAUUUAUUUAUUUUUUUAAAGGAACACUUCCCUACCCAUAUAUAAAAUAUUGUAUUAGAUAUACAACCAGUGACAACAUGCAUGCAUUUUAUUGUGCAUUUUUUUAAUUGUAGUAUAUCUAAAAAAAAAAAAAAAACAGGUUGCAAAUGUUACAUUUCUCUUGUUUGCAACCUUCCUCUUUUAAGCCCUCUCCUUUUAACCCCAACCAGAUUUUAUGCGGUUGUCCAAUCACAGACUUUCCAAAGCAAGUCAAUGAGAAGUCUUUGCAAGGCAGGUGUGCCUCUUAAGUUUAGCUCCACUGAGCUAAACAACCAGGAAGUAAGAGGACCGUUUGUCUAGUUGAGAGCCAUGGGGGUGUUAAAAGGUUAAUGUAUAAAUUUGUCAAUUUCAAUUGAAAAAAACAACACUCUUUACACAUUAAGCAUUUCAGCAAGCUAAAGUACUUUGAGGGUCUGGAGAGCUCCUUUAACAUUUACAUGUUUCUCUUCCAUUAGUUCAUCCUCGCUUCACUUUUUUUUCCCUGUUCCCCUUUUCAUUUCCAUUUUGAACCUCCAUAUGAUCACCCUUAUUUUCCUGGCCCCUGCACACUUAACAAUUAAUAGGGCACUCCAAACACCCUCACAUUUGUUUUCUGCUCCAGUGCAAGUAAUAAUGAUAACAUGUAUAAUUGAUCCAUAGGUGUGUGCAGCACUUUUAAAUUUUUAUUUAUUAACCUGUUAUUAAAUACUUAAAUCAGCACUGCCGCCCCAAUAAUAAAUUUAGUAGAUAUAAGUUGUUAGGGCAGCAGGAGUGUAUGGAAUUAGUCUGCAGGGGUUAAACUGUUUUGCAACGUGCGUCUCCAGAGCCCAACAUUCCUGCCCCAUGGCUUUCUUCCAUCUCUGCUUCCACAGUCUGAGGAAGGUUUAGCUAGGUAGCCGGUGAUAGGCUGAGAACAUUAGAUAAAGCUUUAAGCCUAGCAAUGGCAUUUCACUUAGAGAAAUAAUAAGUACUAUUUCCAUCAAUGGAUAGCAUUUUAAAAGACUGAUAUACAGUGCCCAUUACUGUCUGGAUUUUUCAUAAAACUUCAAAUUUGUAGCAAAUUAAAUUGGCAAUUUAAGACAAACAUAGCUGAUUUGAAGAUUUUGUUUUCUAAUUAUGCAAUAGUCCCAGCUUUGAUAUUUUAGCCUUAAUUUUGCAAUUUGAUUAAUAUUAAUUUGCUGCAGUUCAGAGUUUAGUGAAUAAACCUUUAUGCAUUUUACUGGCGUGGGGCUUGUUAAUGUAAUAGUGACUGUGAAUGAGUUCAUAACAGAGUUCAUAACAACAAUAACACUUUCACAACACAUCAUUUACCCAUAUUACUCUGUACUUGUGAACUUCUUUCCAUCUGCCCCUUGUAUUUAUCCCCAUAUAUCCCACUUUCCCCAGUGAUGCACCACUUUCCGUACACUUUUCUUUGCCCUUCUCUCUGAAACAUCCCAGUUUCUGUCUCUCUCCCCGGGUCACACAUUCACCUUAUACUUUUAUAAUAGUUUCCCUGAGAAGAGACCUAUGCAGGGAGCUGUGAGGAGGGGGCAGGAAUAGAACUUAAAGCCAUAACCUCACUUUCUAUCACAACAAUGAGCAGGGCAUUAGACUGCGUCUUCAAUAGGGUGUGCAUAGGUACAACUGGCACUCUCCAUGCACAUGUCUAUGCUUGUAUCAUAUAUAUUUAUUUAUUUAGCAGUUUAACUGUCCUUUUUACUGAAAGCUGUGCAGUUGACCGUUUGUUCAACAUACAAUCUGCCAAACUGUUUCUAAUAUAUUUUUUGAAAUGUUUUACUUCAAAUAAUGUCUUUCUCUACAUUUUAGCUUGACGUGUUGGAAUACAUACAUGAACAGGAAUAUGUGCAUGGCGAUAUAAAGGCAGCUAAUAUUCUUUUGUGCUACACAGAUCCAAAUAAGGUACUGUGAUUUUGACGUUCUAGUAGAAUCAGACCUGACUAGAACCCUUUUAACUGAAUAUACUUGCCAGAAAUGCAUUCUAGAGACAUUUUAUUUUGUUUUUUCAUUGCAUUUGGUGGGGAAUUUAUUUUUGUUUUUUUUUAUCUUCAUAUAAUGUUGUGAUUGCAAACGAGCUGGCAGUGUCCCUCUCCAGCUCAUGAUGUUGGUGCUAUUUCUCUGGACAAAUAAUGUGUCCCACUUUGUUGCAGACGAUACAAAAAAAAUUAAAAAUAAAUGAAUAGAAUAAAGUUCCUUUUGCCUAGCUACUGCCAGGGUCACUAACAACUUUACCUGAGUCAAUGAGCCUAGUGAGGCUGUUACUGCUGUGCCUAGACCCUGCCAGUGGCACAGUCCUACAACAUUUGUGAUCAGGAGGUAGAUAUAUCCUGUCUAAUAAUUGUUUAAUUGAUCCUAGUGUGAUACUGGUGGUUAGUUAUUCAAUACUGCUGUGCCAGUAGCCACUGCCACUUACAUCGAGUUUGAUUUGCUGAUUUAUUUAUAUUUUAAAUUCUUUAUUUUUGUUGUACACAAAUAACAAUCAGUCAUACCCUGCCACAACAGCAGGAGCAAAAAUAUAAACAUAUACAGUAUAACUGUGGCAUUUGAUAGAACUGUACAUUUUACAUACAGAUGCCCAGUACUCAGUGCAUACAAAAGCGUGUGGUGCAGUGUUCUGCCUUACAAUAGUUGUACAGUGCUUUGUCAAAUUUUAUGUUUUAUAUAAAAAGGAAAAGUCAACGAGGGUAUUAAAGCAGAAUAAAUCGUGUCUUUGCUUUUUAUAUCCAUUAGUAGAGCAUGGUUGUGGUCAGUGUGGUUUGCUAGCAGAAAGAUGCGUUUUAGUGUUGUAAAGGUAGAUGGUUGUACCCCAGCCGGCGUGGUGUCCUCAUGGGGAGACGGACAUGGUAUGGAACGUGUGUGGGAAGAGGUUCCUGGCCCCCGUUCCUACCUCCACGGGGCCUGUCUCAGGUGUGGUGGUGUAGCGUGUGAGGAGCCCCCAUGGUCUGCUGAUAGCUAUGUCGUUGGGGUAUUACUGGGGCAGCAUCCCCGUCAGCAGGGCAUCUCUUUGCUGUUUGAACCUGCUUCUGGGGUCGCGCCCUCCGUUGUGUUGCAGAGAGACUACAUCUCUCCUGUAGGAGGCGGUUUCUGGUGUCUGCGUGGUUGUGAUGUUGUGUGGUGAAGGUUGGGGGGGAAGAGGGAGGAGGAGAGAGGAGAAAAGAAGAAAAAAAAAAGAAAAAAAGAGGAGGGGGGGGAGGGAAGGCCGCACAGAGUUCCCCCAACAGCCCGCGGGGGGAGGGGGGAGCGCGCGGCGGGCCCUGUCUCUUGCUCUCGUCAAGUGCUGUAGGUCUUAGUCGCCUAUAUAUUCCUCCCAUGGUUGCCAGACUUUGUGGAACUUCAUUUCCGUGUUUCUUAUUUGGGCAGUGAGUUUGUCCAUUAAGUAAGUGUCUUUAAUUUUCAUAAUGACGUCGGUGUUUGUCGGGACUGAGGGUGUCUGCCACGCCUGGGCUAGCGCCCGCCUGGCCACCAUGGUGAUUUUGUAGAAUAGGAGUUGUUCGUGUCUGGGUUGGCCAACUAUCGGCCUAGAUAGCAAGACGGACCAAGGGUCCAUUUCCACCUGUCUACCCAGGACGUCCGUUAAUAAAGUCUGUACUUGUUUCCAAUACCCGCCUAUGACUGGGCUUUCCAGCCACAUAUGCACGAAAGUGCCUUUAUGUCCGCAUCCCUUGCAGCACGUGUCUGUCGUAGUUUGCCCCAUUCUGUAUAAUUGUACUGGUGUGGUAUACCAUCUCAUUAACAUUUUAUAUGAUUGUUCCUGGUGGAGAACACAGAUCGACGUCUUUGCAGCCGCCUCCCAUAUAUCCACCCAGUCCUCACCCUCCAACUCUCCACCCAGAUCAGUCUCCCACUGCCUAAUGUAUCUGGGGUCCGGAGUGUUUCUGUCUGGGGCACUGAGGUGUGCGUAGAGAAGUGUGAUCAGUCCUUUCUGUUCGGUCUCGGCAUUGCACAGUCGUUCAAAAAACGUCAUGGGUGUGUGUGCUGCCUGUUUGAUCUCUGGGCCGUUGGCGAAGUCCUUAAGCUGGAUAUAACGGAAUACGUCUUUCGUGGUCAGGGGGGCUAGGGAUUUCAGGUGGUCAAACGUUUUGAAUUUCCCCUUAUCGAAUAGGUGGAAAUAUCUCUGUACACCCGUGUUCUCAAUACCCCGGAAAUCUCGCGCACUCAGCCCCAGCUGAAAUGCCCUGUUGUGGAGGUAAGGGGUCAUCGGAGGUGGAGUGUGUUUGAGAAUGUAUUUGUCUGCCGUGAGGUCCCAGAUUCGGAUUGUGUUAAGUAUUGCCGGGCACGUUGUGCAAAUGGGUGGUCUAUCUUUUUUGGGUACCCAAAUCCAAAAUUGUGGUAGGUCCGUGCACAUGAGACGUGAUUCUAGGUCCGCCCACCUGUGGGAACCCGCCCGGGAGUGCCACGCCACCACCUGAGCCAACUGCGCCGCCAGGUAGUAGCAGUAGAGACUCAGGAGCCCCAGUCCCCCCUAGUUUUUGGCCGGUACAUCACCUGCCUGGCUAUACGAUGGCGUUUGUGAGCCCAGAUAAACUUGUCCAUGUCUCGUUGCAGUGAACUGAGGACUUUUACGUGCAAAGCCUGGAACAAAAAUAGCAAGCGGGGAAGGAGCGUCAUCUUUAUAGCGUGGUGUCUGCCUAUCCAGGAAAUUGGCUUUUCCUGCCACCUUUCUGGAUCGCGGCACAAUGAUUGUAUCUUACGGCUGUAGUUCGCGGCGUAUAGGCUAUCCGUGUCCGCAGUGAGCGUGACGCCCAGGUAUUUGAUGUUGGUUUUCGCAAUGGUGAACAAAUGUGCCGGUCCUAAGGGCUUCAAUGUCCCUCGGGUCCAUUCCCAGUGGCAUUGCCACUGAUUUUCCCAUAUUGAUUUUGUAUCCCGAGACAUACGCGUAGUCGUCUAAGAGCGACAGAAGUCGGGGGAGCGAUUGGCCAGGAGUGGACAUCGUAAUCAGGACGCCGUUCGCAUAUGCGGAGACUUUAUACUCGUCUUCUCCAACCCGAAUCCCUGCAAUGCCCGCCUCCCCGCUUAUUUGAUGAAGUAGGGGCUCUAAUGCGAUGAUGAACAGCAGGGGGGACAAGGGGCAACCCUGCCUGGUACCGUUGUGGGGUCGGAAGGGGGUUGGGGGUGCUCCCGGCACCAUAGUCUGCGCUCUGGGGUUUGCGUAGAGAGCCUCUAUCCCUCGAACAAAGGGCUCUGGCAUUUGCAAGUGUUUCAAUAAGGUGAAGAGGUAGUGCCACAAUAUCCUGUCGAAUGCCUUCUCCGCAUCCAAUGACAGGAUCAGAGAAGGCGUCUUGGUUCUGUUCGCCCACCAAAUAAUAUCAGCGCCCCUCCUCGUUUUCUCGUAUAGUUGUCUCGUUGGAACGAAUCCGACCUGGUCGGCGUGUAUCAGGGUCGUCAACAGGGGGUUUAACCGAGUCGCCAAUAUCUUUGCGAAAACCUUAACGUCGAAGUUGAUUAGGGAGUUGGGACGGAAAUUGGUCUCUACGGUCUUGUCCUCCCUGGUUUCGGAAUGAGUGUUAUAUCUGCCGUAAGCAUGUCUGGGUUUGCCGGCCUGCCCUCCAUCCAUUCCGCGUAUACCUGCGCAAGCCGGGGAGUCAGUGCCUCCCGUAGGGCUUUGUAGUAGGAGCCCCCGAAACCGUCUGGUCCCGGGGCCUUGUUCCCUUUCAGUUCUGUGAUCGCCCUAUCGAUUUCCUCUUCUGUUAUGGGCAGUCCCAGCGAAGACAUGGCUUCGGGGGCGGGCUUGGGUAUGUUAGUUUUGGUGACAAACUCCCUCACUGCCAGGUCGUAUACCUCGUUCUUCCCGUGUAACUCUGGGGAGUGGUUGUAAAUCUUAGAGAAAAACUCAGAGAGCUGGUUGAUCUCCACCGGAUCGUGUGUUACCCUCCCUUCCCCCUCUAGGAGCGCUGGUAUGGUGUGGAAUUUCGAUUUAGGGGUCAGAGCCCGAGCCGACAGGGUGUCCAUUUUGUUCGACCGUUCGUAAUAAAGGCGCCUUUUACGGACCAGCUCCCUACCUAGAUCUUCAAUGACCAUGUUUCUAAUCUUGUAACGCAAGUCCCUGAGCGCUUUGAGACCCUGAUCCGUGGGCGCCUGUUUGGUUUCCGCCCGUCGCAGCUCCUUCUGGAGUUCGAAGAGGGUCUCUGCUCUAAGUUUCUUACGUCUAGUUGCUAUUUUAAUUAGGGUCCCCCUUAUCACUGCCUUGUGGGCGGCCCAUAACGUGGACUGAGACACGUCAGGCGUGUCGUUCAUGGCGAAAUAAGCAGUCAGUUCCUCCUGCACUUGGUGCGUUACCUCAGGGUCCUUGAGAAGCGCGUCCCUAAGCCUCCACUUCCAUGGAGUGCUAGGACCCGGCAGUCGCAGUAUGAGUUCAACGUCCGCGUGGUCGGACCAUGUUAUAAGGUUUAUUCAUGCAGACUGGAUCCAUGGGAUUCCUCCUUGAUUAACUAGGAACAUGUCUAUGCGAGAGUACGUCGAGUGAGCCGCCGAGUGGAAUGUGUAGUCUCUGAUUCCGGGGUGUUGCAGUCUCCAGGGGUCUAGUAGCUUCAGUCGUUGGAUGAAAUUGGCCAAUAAUUUGUCUUGUCUCCCUCGCCCCAGUACCCCCCUGUAUGGCGCUGCGGUCUAUGGCUGGGCAAGGUGUGGAGUUAUAGUCUCCCCCCAGGACCAUUAUCCCAGGUGGCAGUGAGUGUAGACGGUUGUAGAGCUGAUCCCAGAAGACUGGGUCCGGGUGGUUAGGUGCGUAUAAAUUUAUCAGAUGGUAGGUGGCGUUGUAAAUCAUACCCGUGAGGAUGAUAUAUCUGCCCACACUGUCUGUUAGCGCAUUCUGCGUCACAAACGGGCAUCUUUUGUGUAUUAGGAUGUCCACCACGUUUUUCUUAGUCAAUCCCCGAGAGGAGUAUGUUCUAGUGUAUACGUGGUCUGUGAGUUGAAUGCGGGCUGAGCGCACAAGGUGCUUCUCCUGUAUAAACGCAAGGUCGGUGUGAGUUCCCUCAUCAGUAAUCGCCUCUUGGUUGGGGCAUUGAGGCCAUUGGCAUUAAGGGAUGUGAAUUUGAGCGUGGCCAUAGUGUGUAUCCUCGUCCUGUCGUCCACUCCCUACCGUCCGUUCAGGUUGGGGUCUGUUCUAGCCCUCCGCGCGCGCCCCCACCCCUGCAGCGCCGGGGAGGGGACGUGUUCGCGCGCUCCAGGUAGUGUGGGCCGCCAGCGGGUGAAGGGCGGGAGAACGUGGGGGGGGGGAGAAGGGAGGGGGUCGGGAACGCCGGCAUCCCCGGGUAGGGGGGGGGAGGUGGUGCGGGACUAGGGGUGGGGUCAAUCCCCUGCCUGGUGGGGUCGUGUGGUGUGUAGGGGUUGUCGGGUCAGGACCUGGUCUUAUUAGUGCCGGGUCUAUGUGGGGGUAGCCGUUCCCUCUGCAAGUGAGAGCCGCUACGCGGAGUGGGAGCGAGAUCGUCUAGUCGCCGUUCCCCCCGAAUCCGACCCUCGUAUCGUAUGUGUAGACUUAUAUCCCUGAGAACAUAGUGUCUGUGGGUAGAUUUUCGACUUAUGUAUGCAGAUGCUCUUGUAACCUGAACACAACUCUGAACAGUGAACAAAAACAGAAGGUUUCAACAAAUACAAGACAUUUCCAGGAGCGAGUGAGAAUAGAUUUCGAGCUCCGCACACUCUCCCCCCGUUUAAGCUCCCUCUUGCUGUCCCGUGAUCCCCCAAGUCUACCCGCUCUUAUUACGUAGGUUCCUUGUGGCCCUCCAGUGUGCUCCCUUUCCUCCCUUCCUCCCCGUCCCGGUGCGUAAGGAGUGUGUGACCAAUUCCCUCUUUCUGCGUGUUUUUUUUUUUUUCUUUUUUGUCCCCUUUUUUCCUUUCUCCCCCUUUUUUCCCCCUCUUUCCCCCCCCUUUCCUUUGCCUUUGUUUUUUUUUCUUUCCUUGUCUCCUUCCCCCCUCUCCCCGUUUUAGGCGUUCCCCUCCUUCCUUGGCUUACCCUCCCCUCUCCCGCCUCCUCCCCCCCCCACUCCCCUUUCUUUUUCCCUUAUUUAUUUUUUGUUUUUGUGUUGUUUUUAGCACUUAUGCGUAGUCAGUCUUUUUCCCGCUGUGCCCCCGUUUUUGUUUCGGUUGUAGGUUUUUUUUUUCUUUGCAUUUGUGUUUAUUACCUAUGCUUCUCCCAGUGUCUCCCUCCCCCCGUGGUCUACCUCGGUUGUAUCUGAGUGUGUGCGUCCGGCUGCCUUUGUCCAUUGACUAGCGCUGUCGAAAUGUCUCCCCGUUCCCUCUCCCCGCGCCCCCCCUUGCACUUGCCCAACUGACCCCGCUGACUUAGACUGUCCCUACUCUCUCGUGAGCCCUUCCCGCCCGCCAUGUUUGCUCCUUACCAGUUUACCCGCCUUCCCGUUGCCGUCCCCGUUCCCCUGCUACCUCCCUCUACUCUGUGGUUGUCUCGCAUUCUUCUCCAACAUAAGUCCUUGCUGUGUGCAGUCUCUGUUGUCGUCCAUGUAUAAGCGGAUGAAGUAAAAGCCGUUUCCCCUGUAUGGAUAGUCCAGGGUGUUGCUGGCGUGCGGUGCUUGGUGGCCACGCCGGUGCGGCAUCCUUCGGAGCUUCUCUGGGGUGGUCCGAUUCUUCUCUGGGUAUGGGCCCCAGCGCCCGGGCGCCUCUGUUGGGUAGACUGAAGUCGGAGGGUACCUCAAUGCCGAGGUCUCUCAGGAACACUUUGGGAUCCGCUGAUGGUAGGAGCACCGCCGGCCUGGGGCAGCUGAAGACCAUCAUCUUGAACGGGUGCCCCCAUGCAAAUUUCAGGCCCCGGGCAGCUAUGGGCUUCCACUCCCUCCUCCGUGCCAGCGUGGCGGGUGCAAUGUCCUGGUAGAGAUGUAUUGCCAUGCCGUCCAACUUGUAUGUGUGGGUUCUGGUGCUUUUUAUAAUGGCUUCUUUCGUGGCAAAAUAGUGCCAGCGCAUGAUCACAUCCCUGGGGGGGUCCGUCUAGGGGGCCCUGAGCGCUCUAUGUACCCUAUCCAGAGUCCACAGAUGGUCGGGGAUGUCAGGCAGGCGGGCAGCCUCAGUAGUACCGGCUGUAAGUCAGCAUCUGUGAUGUUUUCCGUGAGGCCUUUAACUCGGAGGUUGUUUCUCCGAGAUCUAUUCGAGGCGUCCUCCAUCUCAGUUUCUAGCUCCGCCAUUCUGGUGAGCAAUGUGUUUGUGGUUGUGGCGGCUUCGUUGUGGGCUGCAACCACGUGGUCCAGCCUCAGCUCCAAGGCCUCCGUGCGCCGGCCUACCACCUGGAUCUCAGCCUUGACGUCCUUGGCAGAUUUGUCAAUUUCUGCCGCCAGGUAGUGCCGGACCUCCGCCAGAGACUGGAGGAUUUCUCCAUGUGCUGUCUGCUGCGGUGGGUGGUCUCUGCUCCCGGUCUCCGUGGCGGGAGCAGAAUCAGCUCUCUCCGGGCCGGCGCCAUCUUUGCACAGAUGCGGCCUCUGCGUGUGCAGCAAUUCUGCCACCGACUGGGUACUUUCUUUGGGUCGUUUCCCGUGCUUCUUCCCUGCUGACGCGGCCAUUGCCUUCUCACCCCCCUGGGGCAGUGUGAGAUCGCUUGUACAGGGGUAAGUCUCUGUUUGCGCUGCGUUUUGGAUCGGUCGGGGCGCGGAGCUCGGAGCCUUAGCUGCCAUCUUCGUCGGUGUCAAGCCACGCCCCCUGAUUUGCUGACUUAGAAUCUGACAGUUAUUUAUGUUAAAGGACCACUCUAGGAACCAAGACCACUUCAGCUUAAUGAAGUGGUCUGGGUGCCUGGUCCUUCUAGGGUUAACCCAUUUUUUAAUAAACAUAGCAGUUUCAGAGAAACUGCUAUGUUUAUGAAUGGGUUAAGCCUUCCCCCAUUCCCUCUAGUGGCUGUCUCAUUGACAGCCACUAGAGGCGCUUGCUUCUCCUGUUUACAGUGAAACGCUCUCAUAGGAAAGCAUUGUAAAUGCUUUCCUAUGCUGCUGAAUGCGUAGCGCAGCUGUCGAGGAGGAGAGCUCUCCAGCUGGAAAAGGUAAGUUUAAACCCCUUUCCAGAGCGGCGGGGACCCUGAGGGUGGGGGCACUCAGGGGCACUAUAGUGCCAGGAAACGAGUAUGUUUUCCUGGCACUAUAGUGGUCCUUUAACUGCUUGUAGAAAGACAAUCCUUUUAAUAUUUUUUUUUGUGUGUGUGUGGGGUGACUGUUUCAAUCUAGUGUGUGCAGUGUUGUGUUUCUUAAAGUCUGAGACAAUAACAUUACAGUACUAGUAAAUACACAAUGCAAUUCAACAUUAAACAUCUAUUUGGGCUUAAUAAAGUAUCAUUACUUACUUUACACAAUACACAUUCAUAUUCCAAUUUAUCUGAAUAAUAAAAAAAAAUCCAAAAUCAUUUGGUACAUUCUAAUUGCAAAAAGAGAUUGAGGAAGGGUAGGAAUUCUAUUCCCCAGCAGUAGUGCCAUCUUCUCAGUCUUAACAUCUCUGCCAGCCUCCCUAGUAGUACCACCACUAUUAGUAGUAUUCAGCCUUGGGAUAAUUACAUCUGAUUCGCUAUUCAGGAGACAAAUAUUUGUUUGUUUUUUUCUCAGCCUUUUUAUGCUGCAAUUGGGGUCUCACAGUGUAAGGUCAUAGAAGAAUCUGUAGUUGCAGAAGCAACUAAGCCCACAAAUUUGACGACCAGGUCCUCGCUUCCCCUGGCACUGUAGUUCCUUCUAUUGCAGCUAGUUCAAGCAUGAUGCCGUUUGUGUUUCAAGGAACACUGUAUAUGGUCAGGAACCAAAUGUGUAUUCCUGACCCUAUAGUGUUACACUAACUAUUUACUCACACCUGACCCUCCCUGUUCCCCUUAAAACUAGAAAUACCUCACCUUGUUUCCAGUGCUGCGUGGGUCCGCCUGUGCUGGCUCCGCUCCCGAUCUGCCUCCUUGGCUAACAUCAUCAGAAUUGAUGCUCCCCCAUAUGAGAGCAUUGGAUUGUCUGUGAUUGUCAAUUUUGAUGAUUUCAGCCAAACACAGCCCUGGCCAAUUAGUAUCUACUCAUAGAGAUGCAUUGAAUCAAUGCAUCUCUAUGGGGAGCGUUCAGAGUCUCCAUGCAGAGCGUGGAGAUGCCAAAUGUCAGUGCUGCGCCCCAGGACGCACCUCUAGUAGCCAUCUGAGGAGUGGCUACUGGAGGUGUCCCUAGGCUGUAGUGAAAACACUGCUUUUUGUCUGAAAAGGCUGUGUUUACAUAAAAAAGCUUAAAAGGACUGACUAUACUCAUUAGAACAACUACGAUAAGCUGUUGUUGUUCUGGUGUCCCUUUAUGGAAGUACACGAUUGGUGAAACCAGCUGAAUCUAUUAAGGAAUGGAUGAACUCUGUGACACACACUCAUUAAUAUACAGUUUCACUGUCUCAGGCACAUACAAUGAACCAUACAAACCCAUUGACACACAUGGCACACUCCCUUUUAAGCUGUUCUUAACAGAACCUGCCCAGAAAUGCAUGUCCACAGCCUGUCCUCUUAUUCAUCCAGAGCCAGAGUGUCAGCUGCCAUGAUGUGAUUUUAUGAUAUAUCCCAUCUGCCUUCAGUUCUGUGACUAUUACGAGGAGUGAAGGCAUUCGUUGCUACUCCCACCACCUUUCUUCUAGCAACCUGCAACUGGACCGGGCUAGAGCGACCCACUGGAAAUUUCCCAGUGGGUCAGUCAGGCCCUAUCUAUAUUUAUUUGAAAUCAGAUUAUCAAUCUAAAAUAAUUCUCUUUUUAGCAUGAACAUUUCUGUAGGUUUUUUUUUUUUUUUUUGCAGCAUUUUUAAACCAUAUUAAUGUAAAUGCCCAAAAGCUGACAAAUUAUAAAUCAGCAUUGAUGAAGAAGAAUAUACCCCUUUUGCCAUAACUAAAGACAUCAAUGCUUGAUUUAAUUUGAUAUGUUCUGCCUGGUUUGUUUCAUUUAUUUUUGCAAUUGAUUAUGGAAGUUAAUUGACUAAAAAGGAUCAAAAAGAAUGCUAAGUUUAACUCUAAUCUUGACAGGUUACUGUUAUCCUCUGAUAGCAGUUUAUCCUGUAAGGCCUUGUAUGCGGCAUUCGAGAUGUGUUCCCUAUAACCUCAUUUCCAAUUUUCUUUUUGUUUUUACGAAUUGUCGCAGAACGUGAACCUGCUUUAACUUCUAACUUUGUUUUCUAUCUUGAAAAACCCCAAACUCUAUGAUUCUUUGUGGAGUUAAAUAAAACUAUUGGAUCUGAUCAGGCAUUUUAGUGAAAUGUAAAAGCUUCUAAGACAUAAACUGAGAGGACACAUAAAAGACACAUUGCAGUUUAUGAUGUGUAGAUACCCACCUGGAGAGAUGAAAGCUGGGGAGUUAAAGAGGGAAAAAAAGACUGAAAUCCAGCUAAAUUCAGAAACAAGAUAUAACGGUGAUGGGAAGAAUUUAAAGAAGAAGGGUAACUGUUAUUGCCCCCAGAUGUACAUAUUUUAUCUCGAGGUGCCAUUUGGUUUAAUAAAAUGCAGAUCAAAGCUUGUCCUCAACCUAUAAGUUUCUUAAGGCUUAAUUAUAAAGGUUAUACUUCCAAAGGACAAAAGCAUUAUUCAUUUAUCUGUUCCUGUCUUCUAGGUUUAUCUUGCAGAUUAUGGACUUUCUUACAGAUACUGCCCUAAUGGGAACCACAAACCAUAUAAAGAAAACCCAAAAAAGGGCCACAAUGGGACUAUUGAAUUUACCAGCUUAGAUGCUCACAAGGGAGUCGGUAUGUGCUCUUUUUUAUUAUUGUAUCAGUAGCUUAAUUAAAGAAUAUGUAAUUUGUGCAAAGUGAACUAGAGCCUCUUACUUUAGAAGAAGAUUAAUACAUUACCCAGCACAUUUUUAUUUAAUAAUUUAAAAAUGUGGCAUGCCGGCAGAUACUUAAUUUGAAAAAAAUCUUUAUAAAUUGAAAAAUAAUCUUUUUUUUUUUUUUUUUUUUUUUUUUUAAAGUGUUGCGUUCGAUAUCACAACCGUUAUGUGAUGGACUUUAUUGCAAAAAGCGAAAAAAGGAGAUUUACUCAUAAAAAAGGCCUCACGGGUGCAAAAUUUGGUGGGACAUUAAGAUCUGAAUAAUGGCAACAGAUUUGUCAAAGUAGAAGUGUUGAAAAAGACAUUGAACGACAUGUUCCAAUUAACACUGAAUUGUAUUAGUUAGCACUUUGGGAUACCUUAAUGAAGAAGCCUAAGGAUUAAUUCAUUAAAUGUCUCACUUUACCAAGACCUUGUAUGCUGGUACAGAAACAUUUCAAUUGCAGUAUCCUCAGACUAUCAUUUAAAAUUUUAUUAAUUCUCUUUGUCCAUCUGCUGGGGUUAUUUUGCCCCAUUGCAUCAUUAGAAAAAUUUAUGUCUAAAACUGUAUAUUCAUAUAGACCUAACAAGCAUCUUGAUGUGUUGAGGUUUUUUUUUUUUAAAUAAGAUCCUAAGAACAAAGAAUAUCAUAGUAACAUAGUGGCAUUCAGAAAAAAAUAUAAUUUGUGCUAAAGUGGAAUAGUAUUCAGGCCAUUUUUUAUUUUUUUUAAAACAACACUAGCAUCAGCUAAAGGAGGCUCUCUUAUCACUUAACUCUUACUGAGGUUCCCAAACCUAGUUUGUGGCUAAAAUUGAAAUCAGUUCAAAUUGGGUUGUUUCCCUUAUUUUAAAUAAACGCCGUGUGUGAAAGGCUAAAUUUAAUGGACGAAAGUAAUUUUUGGCAUAUACUAAUAUGUAACUAUGUCUUCCUCCAUGAAUACAUUUGCAUACACAUAUACAUGUAGUAGGAACUACGUCCUGUUUCCCUUGUACAUGUGGAACAAUUUCCAGCCAAGUAGUCCCUGCAUAUCAUUCCGCACCCAUUUCCUUGACUCUCAGUCCACCCGACAGGGCUGCCAUCAUAAUACUUAUGGCCCUUUACAAACAUAGUUGAUGUUCCCUUAUUAACCCCCACAUGCUUCCAGACGCAUAGAUAUAAACUCACACACAUAUAUAUUCCAGACCCACUCAUAGGAAUAUGUACACAUACCCAGAUACAAACUACCAGACAGACAUACACUCACACAGUGAUUCUUGAGGCCAGACACAUUGACAAACAUAGAUACACAGGCAAACAUACACAUACCCACUGCCAGGCACACAAAAACACUAGCAAACACACAUACAUACACUGACAGAGACGCACACAAACGCAAAUAUUGAAAUUCAAGCUGUUUUAGUCACCCUACUGUUUGCCUACCUUUUGCCAGAAAGGUUGCUUCCUUGGGGUCUAGUUGCCCAACUGGACCACAUAACAUUAUGGGUCCCCUUCCAGACCAAAAAGAAAGGCUGGUCCUCUUAACAGCCCUGGUAGCCUCUGCAUACAGGCAAUGUCUCCCUCUCUCCCCCCACCUUAAUUUUCCUUUCUCCCCUCCAUCCCAUUCUUAACCCUAAGUUCCAUCUAAUCUCUCUCUGACCAUGCUCCAUCUCUCUCUCCAAACCCAGCUCAAUCUCCAUAUCACCACCUAAGUUCCACCUCCCUCUCUCCCCCAGCUCCACCUCCCUCUCUCCCCAGCUCCAUCUCCCACUCUCCCCAAGCCCCAUGUCCAUCUCUCCCUUCAGCUCUAUCUCCCUUUCUCCCCACUUCCAUCUCCCUCUCUCCCCCUUUUGCAUCUCCCUUUCUCCCCAUUUACAUCUCCCUCUCUCCCCUCAGCUCCAUCUCCCUCUCUCCCCUCAGCUCCAUCUCCCUCUCUCCCCUCAGCUCCAUCUCCCUCUCUCCCCUCAGCUCCAUCUCCCUCUCUACCCCAGCUCCAUGUCCAUAUCUCCCCUCAACUCUAUCUCCCUCUCUCCCCAUUUCCAUCUACCUCUCUCCCCAUCUCUCUCUCUCUCUCUCUCUCUCUCUCUCUCUCUCUCUCUCCCCAUUUCCAUCUCUCUCUCUCCCCAUUUCCAUCUCUCUCUCUCCCCAUUUCCAUCUCUCUCUCUCUCCCCAUUUCCAUCUCUCUCUCUCUCCCCAUUUCCAUCUCCCUCUCUCCCCAUUUCCAUUUCCCUCUCUCCCCAUUUCCAUCUCUCUCUCUACACCAGCUCCAUGUCCAUCUCUCCCCUCAGCUCCAUCUCUCUCUCUCUCCCCAAGCUCCAUCUUCCUUUCUUCCCAGCUCCAUCUCCCUCUCCACCUAAUCUCCCUCUUCACUCCAUCCCCCCUCUCUUCCUUUUUGCCCCAUCCCCCUCUCUUCCCUCCCCUCCAUCCCACUCUCAACCUGUCUCUCUCUCUCUCUCUCUCUCUCUCUCUCUCUCUCUCUCUCUCUGAUCAUGCUCCACCUCCCUCUCUCCCCAGCUCCAUCUCCCUCUCUCCCACCCAGUACCAUCUCCCUUUCUCUCACCUAGCUUCAUCUUCAUUUUUUUUUCCCCCAGGCUCCAUCUCCUUUCCCCCCCAGUUUGAUCUCCCUCUCUCUUCUCCAUCCCUCUUACCCUUUGAUGCCUGCACUAUGCUUCAGGCCCUGUUCUCCAGUUAGGCCAGUUAGAAGGCCGCAAGACCCCAAUGAAUUUGAGGCCUUAGGUGGCCACCUAAAUCACCUAAUUAGAGAGUCGCCUAUGCUUAGAGUACCUAGGUUCCUUUUCAGUAAGUGUUUAGGAAGGCUCUGUAAGUCCCAUGCAGGGAGUUGUGACUAUGGUUGUAUAAAGAGACUUCACUCCUAAAUGGCAGAUAACUGACCUGUGAGAUUGCAGGGGUAUGAUAUAUAUAUCUACACCAAAACUGCUUCAUUAAGUUAAAGUUGUUUUUGUGCCUAUAGUGUCCCACUAAACUCCAAAAAGCCACAUAAAAAGUGCUGAAAACAAGUGCCCUCUAGAGGACAAGUGCCUGUAGGAAGGUACCUCUUCUGUCUAAUGUGAAAUCCAACCAAUGUCUGGACUGGGUUUUGCAUCAUAUCACAGCACCAAUAACUUGUACAGUCAGCCAUAUAUAUGUAGAUUGUGUACAUCCUGCGGAACAUGCCUUCAAAGAAGGUAAGCCAAUUAUGAAUCACACAUUUACAUCUAACUUUUUCUGCAUUAAAUUAUACAUUAUUUCAUAGAUUUGGCUGAUGAUUGCUCUACAAAAAGAACUAUGUUAUUUACUUCUUUAUAAAUCCUAAAUGUUGUAUUUAAAAAAAAAAAAAAACAAACAAAAAAAAAACCUGUCCUUGUUGCCUUUCAUAUAUUCUACUUACUUAAACUCACUUUGAUGGUAUCGGAAACACAUUUCCAGCUAAAUUACAUACAUAGUCCUUUUAUUGGAUAUUGAUUAUACUGCCCUGCAUUCCCAGGCAGACUUAAUUCAACAAUUUCCUAAUUAGUUAAAGUCAUAACCUAUGUCUUGUAUUCAUUUACCAUUAAUUAAACCUUAGUUGUUUAUUACACUGCAGUCUCAGUCCAACAGAAAGUUAAGAGAACAAUGCGAAAAAAAAGCGCUUGAGGAGGGCGAUGGCAUGGAGGUCAAAACUGAAAAUAUAUUUUAUGACGUUUAACUGUUGAUGUAAUAGAUUAGAAUCAAUGUGGUCAAUGCGGCAAAACAUUCUCAGUUGCUUUGUCAGAAAGACAAAAAGUCAAUUGAAAUAUUAUACCACUUAUUUUUACAUGCUGAGUGCAUAUACAUUUGUUUUUUUUGUUUUUUGCUUUAUUUUAAUGCCUGUACUCAAUGUGGGGUCCAGAUUAUGAAGGUGGUCUUUAAUAUUCGUAAAAGUGCAAAUAGUAGGAGAAUGAUUUUUAUUAACCCCUUAACGACGAGUGACGGACGAGGUCCGUCACUCAGGGGAAAGCGUUAAUGACGAGUGACGGAUCUUGAUCGGCACGCGUUAAAAUUAACCCCCGAUCGCCGCGGUGCCGGCUAUCGUGGGGUUAACGCUGUUGCUGGGUGCCUCCUAGUCAGAGGCAGACCAGCAGCAGCAAAUCCCGAUAUCCCAGCCCAUGUGAUCGUUGUGACAGCCAGUCACAGCGGUCACAAUGCUGCUGGGAUAUCUGAUCCGCCUCCCUCCGCCUCGUCUGGGUUUGUGAAGUGGAGAAAGAUGGAUCGUUGCAACAUUGUGUCCCAGAAGAAUAGUUCAGUUCUAUUAAAAGUUCCUAAUCCCUUUCCCCUUUAUUAAAAAAAAAAUUAACCCUGCUGCUUUAUCACUGUAUAUACAGGUCACAGUACAGUACUGUGAUCUAUUUUUUUACUUUCAAGGGUUACAUUUAGUUUUUUGUAACCCUAAGGGGUUAAAUUUUAUUAUGUGAUUGUAUUAAUUUGUGAUUUAGUUACUUGGGUGGGUGGAGUUUAGUGGGAAUUAAGGAAUUAACAUUUUUUUUUUUUUCAAAGUAAUUUAGUUAAAGUUUGGUUAGCUGUGUUAACUGUAUUAACAAUGUUUCGAAAGUAUAACGCAGAGGAGGCUUAUGCCCUGUUAGCGGCUGACUCCGAGGGGACUGACACUGCCUCAGAGAGUGAGGGGACAGGGACUAUGUGCAAGAUACUGCAGGACCAUCAGGAGAAAUCGACGAUUCCCCUAAUGCUGAACAUGGCGCAGAUGACUGGGUACCCCCUAAUAAUUUUUCCCCAGACAUCCCAGUGUUUACAGCAAAUCCUGGCAUACAGGCUGACCUGUCUGGCUAUAGUGCACUGGAUGUUAUGCAGCUGUUCUUGGGGGAUGAGAUUUUUGGGGAGAUAGUCACCCAGACUAAUCUCUAUGUGGAGCAGUACCUGGCACGCAAUCCAGACUCUCUUAUCUCCAGGAAAGAGAGAUGGAACCCAACCAGUGUGCCAGAAUUGAAACAAUUCUGGGCACUGACCAUGUUAAUGGGGCUAAUUAAAAAGCCCACAAUUAGGAUGUAUUGGUCUAAACAUCCUAUUUGCAAUACCCCCAUUUUUGCCGAGACAAUGACGAGGGAAAGAUAUGAAGACAUACUGCGAUUUAUGCACUUUAGUGACAAUAACAAGUGCCCCCCAAAAGGUGAUCCGCUGUAUGAUCUUCUUUAUAAAGUACGCCCUUUAAUUGCCCACUUUAACAGUAAAUUUGCCACUAUAUAUACCCCCAAUAAAAACAUUUCCAUUGACGAGUCCCUCAUGAAGUUUAAGGGAAGACUGGGGUUUAGACAAUGUAUCCCAUCCAAAAGAUCCCGAUAUGGGAUCAAAUUUUAUAAACUGUGUGAAAGUGGCAGUGGCUACGUAUACACCUUCCGUGUAUACGAAGGAAGGGACAGCCACCUUGAUCCCCCAAGUUGCCCAGAUAUAGUAGGGACAAGUGGGAAAAUUGUCUGGGACUUAAUAAUGCCACUACUUAAUAAAGGUUAUCAUUUAUACAUCGAUAACUUUUAUAAUAGCAUCCCACUGUUAAAAAUGUUGUACUGCUUCGAGACCGUGGCCUGUGGCACUAUUCGGAAGAGUCACACAGGUUUCCCAAAGGCUCUAGCGAACAAAAAAAUGAAAAGGGGGGAAACAGCAGCUCUCUGCCAGAAUGAACUGCUGGCACUCAAGUACAGGGAUAAAAAAGGAUGUUUUCAUCUUAACCACCAUCCGUGGUGAAAACACUCGGAGGGUCGCAGUUCGUGGCAGAGAGGAAUGUAAACGAGUGCCAGUCUGGAUACGGCAAUAUAAUCGGCAUAUGGGGGCAUUGACCUGCCCGAUCAACUGAUGCAGCCGUAUUUUAUCAUGCGAAAGACCAGGGCAUGGUAUAAAAAAGUGGGCAUAUAUCUGAUGCAGAUGGCAAUCCACAAUGCCUUUGUUAUUUUUAAAAAGGCAAAUGCUGGGCUUAAAAGCACUUUUUCUUUCAUUCCAGUUUGAGCUCAUUUCUGGGCUGCUCGAGUGCCGCACAAGGAGACCAUCAGUGGAGCCUAGCAGAAGAAUGGAGGCAGGUCAAUUCUGCUUUAAGAUUCCACCAACCCCUAAAAAAACAAAACCCCCAGAAAAGGUGCAUGUGUGUUACAAGAGGGGCGUAAGAGCUGAGAUCAGCUAUUACUGCCCUGAUUGCCCCUCUCAACCCGGCCUAUGUAUUGGCCACUGUUUUAAAAUUUUUCACACCCAGGCCAAAUAAGUAGAUUUUGGGGUGUGAUUUUUACUGUCUGGUUACCGAAUCUUGGCUUUGUCUCCCGCUUAUCCUGUCUUCUCUGAUCCUUGACCUCGGCUUGUCCUAUCGUUGUUCCGUUUCUCUUUACUCCUUUGACCUCGGCUUGUACCUUGACAAUUCUCUGCUUGUAUAGCCCGGCCAGUCUAAGGACCGGUAUUACAAGUUUCUCUCUCUGUGCUCUCUCUUUGUGGUCUGUCUGUGUUUUGGUUUCGGAAUCCAUGACAGCUUUGCCCGGGACGCACAUGACUGGGUACUACCCCCGGAUAAGUUUACCCCAACUAUUCCCCCUUUUCACAGCAAAUAGUAUGCACUUGUUCAUAAUUUUAAUUGAUGAGCUGCUUAUACUUAAAAAUAUAUGUGGCCUUUGAGAGGUAAUUUGCAGUCCUGAGCUGCUAAAAUGAGACUUGGGCCCAGCAUCCACUUUUGAAAAAUAUGGAAGUGGUGUGUGUCCAAUGUGCCCCUUCAACAUCCACACAACCCUGAGAAAGGUACACAUGGGAGUAUCGUUGCACUAAGAUGACAUAGCUGAGCAACAUAUUAGGUGUUAUACUGCCGUAGCACACAUAGGGAUAGCAAAAUAUACAGUGACAUCUCCAAGUGUGUGUCAAAAAGGCAGAAAAAAUGCUAAUUGCAACUAGACUUGGUACAAACUAACAAAAAAAUGAUCCUACACUAAGGUUUAGAAUAUACCUUUUUGAAAUACCCUGGGGUGUCUACUUUAAGAAAUGGUAGGCCUUUGUGGGGUAGUUUGAAUUUUAAACCUGCUAAGAUGCUUGGAAAUUGCACAUAGGCCCAGCGUCAAAAUUCAAAGUUUGGUAAAAACUGAUAUGGCUUAGUCUCCUAUAUGGCACUGUAGCUUCACGAAAUAGUGCCAAAGACAUACAAUGGGGGUGUCCUUUUACUCAGAAGACUUAGCUGAGCAUAAUGUGGGGGGUUUGAACUUAGUGGCACAUGUGAAAUAUACAAAAUGCCCAGUAAAAAUGCAAUCCAUAUGUAAAAAACGCACAAAAUUAUUUUUUACCACAUACUUUGGCAUCUAUUGGUGAAAAAAUGGGGGCAUGUUAAGGCACAAUAUGCACCUUAUGAGAUACCCUGGAGUGUCUACUUUUACAAAUGGUAGGCCUUUGUGGGGUUUUUUGAACAGUCAAACUGUUAUAAUAACCCAAAUGGAAGCAUAAGCUCAUUGAAUCCAUCUCUCAAAAUUCUGUGAGUAUUGAAAAGGACAGGUCUCCUAUAGGGCACUGUAGCUUCACGAAAUAGUGCCAAAGACAUACAAUGGGUGUCAUUUUACUCAGCAGAUGUAACUGAACACAAAAUAAAACUUCACGCUGGAGGUUCUCGUGCCCAGUUCUCCUAUAUCUUUUUUAAGACUUGACAGGGCCGCCUCCCAGCCAGCCAUCAUUUUGCUGGAGAAUGCUCCCAGUUGUUCCAAAAGGAACUGUUUAGUGACCGGCUCUUCCAUUGUCUGGUCGGCUGGAUCAGUAAGGGGGUUGCCGUUGUAUGUUUCCUCUCCGCCAUCUUGUUGGUGUGCCUGGGUUGUUUGUUUGGUCGGCGCUGCAUUUUGGCCAAGCAAAUUAUGUCUUUUGGCUUUGGUGGAUUGUCUUUUUUUGUUUAGGUUGCGACAUAGUUGUUUUCUGUGUUUCUGGGUUGUCUAUGUCGGGUGUUGAAUUACAUGUCCAUCUUUCUCCGCUGGUAGCCAAUCCCCCAGUAUGUUGGACUUUUGAUGGUAUACUCCUGCCUGUUGUACAUUGCUCUCUAGCUCUGAUUGUUCUCUAUUUGAAAUGCUAUCAUCCUGAGCUGUAGAGCUGCUGUCUGGACUCUGUGCUGUAUAGCUGCUCCCCCACGGAUCAGUGAGUAGUAGAGAGAGGCAGGGAUAUUCUGUAACUUCCUGCUUGCUUUAUUCCAUUUUAUAGUGAUAUACAGUGUAGUUGAUGGCACUGGGCUGUCCUGCAAAUGUCUUGUGAAUAACUGCAUUCGUGUGAUCUGCUGGUUUUCUAUGUGUUUAAAAGAACUGUAUUCCUCUGAUUGUUCGGUAGUUUUAUUCCCUUAGUUCAUUCGAAUGAAACUACCGAACAACCAGACCCCCCCUGUGUGAAGUGUGUCCUCAAUUACCCGUUGCAACAUUGUUGCGAACGGGUAAUUGCCUAGUAAGUAGCCGUCCUUUGUUCUCGGGGGUGGCCGCCAUUCGACAAACGAACACGUGGCGGCGGCCAUUUUAAAACUCCCGAACAGCGGUGUUUUGCCGUCGAGUGUCUGGAACUCAAAUCGGACACUCGAGUAGGCGAACACCGCUGAGACCUCCACAAGCCCGGUCCGUUCGGUUCCUAACUACCGAACGGCCCCUCGUUCGGUAGAUAGAAAGAACCGAACGAGGGGAUUCAGGCGAACCCUCCCUAGCCUCUAUAGCUAGAGGCUUUCGUGUAUUUUAUUCCCUUAUGCCAGGACCGACCGCAGGGCCCAUUCGCAUGGAACCUUAUUCGGCUAUCUCAGUUAGUGCGGUCGGUCAUUUUAUUCCCUCCAUACAUUUCCCGAACCCCUGGUCUGAUCUGGGUGAUUUUUGGAUAUGUUGUUCACCCAGAUCAGGGGUAUCCGGGGAUGUAGGAUUUAAAGAGGUACCCCUACGUUUAGGGGUACAUCCAGAAACGGGGGGAAUUACUGUACUGGAUAAGGGAUUAUGAUGCUGGCUGAGGGGAGGAGAUGUGUGGGAGGUUACCAGGACAGGAUUGGCUACUGUAAUAAUGAGUGUAAAUCCCUCCCUUGCAUGGGAGCAUGCUUUAUAAGGAGACUGUGGAUUAAAGCUUUCAGUUCUGCUCCUGAAACUGUGUGUCGUCCAGUUAUUGGGAUUGCUGUUGGGAUAUUGCUGUAUUUUACCAGCUGGAAACCUUGCCUGUGGAUUUACUAUUUACUUGUUCCUGAGCCUCACUUGGAUUAUAAGCGGAGAUAACCUGGGGAAUAUUGCAUCUCCGCUACAUACAGUAUUGCACAAUGUUGAUCUCUCCAUUUUCUCCACAUCUACAUAUGGUGGAUUUGCUGCAGAAUAUAUUACCAUAAACUGUAUAUACCCCUGAAGGGGAUAAAAACUAAAAUAUCCUUUUCCCAUUGUGAUGGUAUUUCCACUCCAUGGGGAUUGGUGUUCUCUACAAUUUUACAAUAUUUGCUAUUUAUGUAAUAUUAGCUGUAUCCAUUUUUACAAGAAUACGUACAGUAACUACUGGGAGUUGGAACAUAAAUUUGCUACAUUCUACUAUUGAUCUUCUUAGCCUUUUGAAUUGGUUUCUAUUAUUAUGUAAGUUUUUUGCUGUUGUGUUUUUUACAAAUUAGGUGGUUUGAGUCCCCUCUUUACUUGUAUUAUUUUCAGCAGUGUAAACCCAUCAGACAAGCAGUAUCCCUAUAUUCACCUAUUGUAAUUCUGGUACUCUGAGUGUCCCACUCAAAACCUUGCAUCACUUGUAUUAUUGAAAUGUUGGGAGGUAUGCAUGUGUUUUGAGUGUUUCUCCAGUGGCUGAAAUAAUUGAAACAUAUCUGCACAUUCUAGGACUUUGGUGUUUUGACCUUGAGGGGCCUCAUAUGAUCUAUCAUAUAGUCUGCUAAAUUGUUCACUGUGCUUGUUUACAUCCUUUGUGGUUUUUAUAUACAGUGGAAAUGUAUGUGUGAUAUAUAUAAUUUAUAAAUAUAUAUUUCUUCAGUGGAUGUGAUGAUCUAAAGUAGAAUAAUUGCAAUCUCACAAAUAGAGUUCAGAAACAAAGUGUCAGAAUGACGUCACAAUCACACAGCAUUAGGUGAGAUACUAAAAUCAACAUCAUUUUUGUUGCAUUGUAGGCCUUGCGCACAAGAAAAAAAAAAAACUCCAUGUUUUCUCUUUUGCAAAAACACAUCUAUGGAUAUGAUGAGAUUUUUUUUUUUUUUUUACCACCUAUAAAAUAUUGUCACUGAUGAGCACAGAGCAGGAGCAGGGGAUAUCAGUUACUCACAAUAUGCAACCUGAUGCCUUUGAAGCAUUACAGUGAAUCAUGUUAAAGUGCCUUUGCUUUCUGAACGUAAAACUCCAAUCUCGGGAACACACCUUUUAAACUGGGAAUAAGAAAUUUAGUCAUUCAAAUUGGAUAUCUAAUAGAGAUUAUAUAUUGUGUGUGUGUGUGUGUGUGUAUAUAUAUAUAUAUAUAUAUAUAUAUAUAUAUAUCUCACUUAAACUAUCAAUUCUGAAUGAUAUUAUUAAGAACUGUAAAAUCCAUAAAUUAAGUUUACACUAAAAUAAAAUGUGUGUGCGUGUGUGUAAGGAAGCAUUUUCUGUUUAUUUUGUAUGUAUAUUUGGUAUGAUUUAAAAAAAACAAUAUAUAUAUAUAUAUAUAUAUAUAUAUAUAUAUAUAUAUCUCAUAACUGUUCUAACUAUUUCUAUAUUACAGUAUGCAAUCUGAAAUUAAAAGAAUUGUCCAUAAAAUAAGAUGUACAUAUUGAAGAUGUAGCAUUUAUUUUGUAAUAAACCAUUCCACGGUAAUGGCACAAUCACUUGAUAAUAUAUUUAUAUGUGUAGAAUAUUUUCAUAGCCCCCUCAGCCUAUUUAUUGCCACAUUUAAUUUCAAAAGCCUGUACGUUGUUUGAUAAUUAAAGAGAAUUCUUUCUGUGUUUGAGGCACUGCUUUAAUUUGUUACAUUGUUAGUAGUGCUAAAAGUAAUAUUAGGAUCAAUGUACGCUAUAGAUUUUUGUAGUUUUUUCCAGUUUCAAAGCAUGCAGUCAAUACCUAAUUUCUUUGUAGGUAUUCCACACUUAAUGUAUUGAGGCGCUUUUUAUUUAUUUAUUUUUUAAAGUCUUUUUAUACUGUUGUUGUCAUUGAAAGACCUGUGUGUGUGUGUGUGUGUGUGUGUGUAUAUAUAUACAUAGUUACAAAUGAGAAAUUAUUAGAAAUGUAAAAUAAUUGUUUUGCAUAAAUGCACAUUUUUUUCUUUCCUUGCUAUAUUAAAUCUCACGUUCAAGUUAAACAGCUAAUGUUAACACUUUCCUUGCCAACGGUAGCAUCAAAGUAGAGAACGCAUGCAAAAAAGUGGUUUAAAUUGAUGAGUAACCAUUGAUGCAUUUAACUGCAGUUUGUUACAUUGGUAAUGCACUGCACAAAUACAGUAGCUGGAGAGUCAUCUCAUCUCUCUGAUCUAAAUUAAUGCAGCAGCAUAUCUGUCCCUUCGGUACUGUUUAAAAUGUAAAUUUAGUUUGCUAUGCGUAAGAAAUUUGUGGAGGAUCUUGAUAAGGAUUCCUUGGUAGUAUAACCCCUCUGUAAUUUACUUGUGGCUCGGCUAGUAGAUGAGAAUAGAUAAGCUACUGUGAACCAAGUGAAAGAGGCUUUAUUUUGUCAUAGUCUUCCCAUUACUAUAAAAUGUGGAGAAAUACAAAGACUCACUAACCCAAAACAAAAAUACAAACAAACCGAAACAAUAUAUAUAUAUAUAUAUAUAUAUAAUUUGUGGUCAAGGCAUAAAGCCGUAGAGUUAGUAAAGUCAGUUGUGGUGUGCCGGAACUGACGAUGCAGUAGGCCUGAAAUAAAAGAGGGCAAAAAAGAUGUAACCAGUUUAUUCAGCCUACAAUACAGCAUAAGAUUAUCACACAAUCAUAUUCUUGAAUGCUAGGCGUACUUCCUGAUCUUGCUGGGGUAUGUAUCUGGUGUAAGCUGUGGACUGCCACCGGCCCAAUAUUUAAUGAUGUGCGCAGGAAUAUUCCUCUUUGAAGCAGUAGUAGCCGCUCCUAUUCUAAAUGAGUGUCUGGAAUAUUUGGCUGGAUUUAGUCCCAACCUUACUAACAACGUUCUUACAUAGAGCAUGAACUUACAGAUAGUGAGGGUAUUACCGUAUAAUGCUAGCAGUGGUUGAUGUGGUGCUAUUUAAAAGGAAGAAAGGUAUUGGUCGAAGACUUUCACGGGGCACCAUUUAUUAUUUGAUUUAUUUAUUUAUAAAAUAUUUUACCAGGUAAGAUACAUUGAGAUUUCUCUCGUUUUCAAGUAUGUCCUGGGUCCACAAAUCAUUGCAUUGUUACAUUAGGGUACAACAAAAUACAAAAAUCAAUAUUAAUACACAAUAUAUACAAAAUUUAACAUAGAACAGGCAGGAAAUAUAUAAUCAACCAUGACACGUGCAUUCUGUUUUGAGGUAUGUAGAGAGGGAUCUCUUAAAUGACUUUAGGCUUAGGGAAGAUUUUAAAUUGUGCGGGAGGUCGUUCCACAAUUGCGGUGCUCUAUAGGAGAAGGAGGAUCGGGCCGCUUUCUUUUUGUAUUGAGGUAGACUAAGAAGUAAAGUGCUUGUACUGGAUCGGAGAUUAUAGAAAGUGGGAACAGCUGGGGAAAGCAUUUUGUUCAGGUAGGGUGGGAGUUUCCCAUAAAAGCUCUUAAAAACAAGGCUGGAAAGAUGAAGGGUGCGUCUGGAUUCCAGUGACAGCCAGUUUAGUUCUUUUAGCAUGUCACAAUGAUGGGUCCUGUAAUUACAUUGUAGCACAAAUCGGCAGAACGAGUUAUACAAUGUGUUGAGUUUAUUAAUGUGGGAUUGUGAUGCAGAUGCAUAUACUACAUCCCCAUAAUCAAUGAUUGGCAUCAGCAUUUGCUGUACAAUAUUUUCCUUUACUGUAGUGCUUAGGCAGGCUUUGUUUCUGUACAGGGCACCUAAUUUUGGAUAAAGUUUAGAUGCAAGCUUUUCUAUGUGCAGGCCAAAAGAUAGAUUGGGGUCUAAUAUCAUACCCAAGUAUUUGAAAGAGUGGACUGCGGUCAGUGUGCCAUUUGAAUUUGUUUUGAUGGAUAGGUGGGAAUUGUGUAAUUUGUGUAAUUUAUGUACUGUUCCAAAGACCAUUGUGACAGUUUUGUCAGUGUUCCGGAAGAGUUUGUUUUUUGCGAUCCACUUUUCUACCUCUGUAAACUGGUCUUGGAGCACAGCCUCAAGUUGCGGUAGAUUGGAUUUGCUCGCAUAGAUUACCGUGUCAUCUGCGUACUUGUGUACAUUUGAGGAUUGGCAGACAUUAGGCAGAUCAUUUAUAAAUAAUGUAAAUAGUAGGGGGCCGAGAAUGGAACCCUGGGGAACACCACACAUGACUGGGAGAGGGAGUCACUGUCAGAAAUGGACACAUAUUGCGAGCGAUCCGAUACAUACGAUCAAAACCAGUUUAGAGAAUGAUCACCAAUACCUGAGUUUUUGAGUUUGUGCAGUAGAAUGUCGUGGUCUACUGUGUCAAAGGCCUUAGCAAAAUCAAGGAAAAUAGCUCCAGUUAGGGCUCCUUGUUCCAUGCCAGUUUGGAUGUCAUUGCAAACUUUUAGGAGGGCAGUUGUAGUGGAGUGAUUCUGGCGAAAGCCCGAUUGAUCAGGGGUCAGAUAGUUUAAUUGUUGGUAGUACUCACAAAGUUGCGUAUGGACACAUUUUUCUAAGAUGUUUGACAAUACUGGGAGCAAUGAUAUUGGGCGAUAGUUAGAAACCAAAGUAGUGUCACCACUUUUAUGGAUAGGCACUACUCUCGCAGUCUUCCAAAGUUUGGGUAUGUGUCCAGACACCAAGGAUUCGUUAAUUAGAGUUAAGACGGGUUUAGCAAUUGCCGGCACACUGAGCUUCAACAGCAUUGCUGGGAUUUGAUCAGGUCCGGACUGGUUUUUCAUUUUUAGAUUAUUCAGAUGUUUUUUAAUGACACUAACAGGUACAGGUCUAAAAAUAAACUUGUCUAUAUUGGGCCUUUGCAAAUUUAGUGUGACCUGAUCCACAUUUGUAGUUUCAGGAUGCGUGUCAUUUAUUAGCUUGGCAAUCAGGGCAGUAGAGCAUCCGACAAAAUAAUUGUUAAAGGCAUUUGCUACAUCUAAGGGAAGUUGCAGGGUUUGGUUACCCACUUUGACAGUGGAGGGUUGGGAGUGGAUUGGGGGAGUUUGUAGUUUAUUUAUGACUUUCCAAAAGUUUCUAGGGUUUGAGAUGUUACUGUUCAGAUUUUCAUAGAAAUAUUGGGCCUUGACCAGUUUUGUCUGUUCUGUGCAUAUAUUUCGCCAUUGUCUAUAUGCACAGUGAUCAUUCAUAGAGCCAGUACGCUUAAACUUUGACCACAAAGAAUCCUGAAACGGGUACAUUUGGAUGAGGUCAGCUGUGAUCCAGUUCAUAUGUGCUCCUUUUACCUUCACCUUAUGCAGCGGGGCAUGCAAAUUCCAAAUUUCUAGGAGUUCAGACUGAAAGUAUUCAACAGCACAGUCUAGAUCUGAGAUAAUGUUUAAUCUGUGCCAUGAGAGAUUCUUGAUGUCAUUUAAAAAGGAUUCAAGAUUAAAUUUUUUGAAGGACCUAGUUAUUUUAACCUUGGGAGAGGAUUUAAUAGCCUUUAUUUUGCGCACGCAGUACACUAAACAUUGAUCACUGAACGUGUUUGGGAGAACACCAACCUCCUGGAUUCUAUCAGGAGAAGUGGAGAGAAUCCAAUCGAGCAGGGUAUGGUUAUGGCUUUUAAUGUUUAUGCGAGUUGGGGAGGAGAUUAAUUGCGUUAGCUGCAAAGUCUUAAACAGCGUGCAAGAACCAUUAUUUUUAGGGUUCAGCCAAUCAAUAUUAAAAUCUCCAAAGACCAACAGUUCACUUUUUGGGUUUUGAGCUAUGGUUUCACUAAGGAGAUGGGCUAUGUCAGAAAGGGAAUGCACAGGGGAGCUAGGUGGGCGGUAGAUUCCUGCAACAAUGAUUGAUUUACUGCACGGGAUCUCAGUUGUGCCAGAAAGGAAAUCAAAGAUGGCAGGAGGACUAAGGUUUUGUAAAGGGGUAAACUUUAUGGAAUUGUCAACAUAAAUAACAAUGCUUCCUCCUCUCUUUGCUCUGUCAUUUCUAAAACAUGAAUAACCCUGUAUUGCAAUGGCGGUGUCUGGUAUUUUAGCUGUUAACCAUGAUUCUGAGAGCACAAUGAUUUUUGGUUUAUAAUGGGAACACCAGGCUUGCAGUGCAUCCAAUUUAGGGCGUAAACUACAGAUGUUGUAGUGCACAAAAGAGAGGCCUUUUUUUAGUGGGGAGAUUAGGACUAGAAUUAGCUGGGGGACCAGGGUUAGACUCCACAUCAUUUGCAAGGGCAAGUAACAUAAGGAGUAGGAAUUUGGACAUCAUUUUUGUUUGGCCAUAUAGUGAAUGGGAUAAUUUAUAAUUUUGUGAGUUGGGGGUAGGAGGGCUAUUUUUUAUAACUCUCCACCAGCACUCAGCAGAUAAGUUAAAGGAACAGAGCAGGCCAUGGUGUAUUAUAAUUUGCGUUCCAGUUUGAGUUGUGUGCUUAUGCUGGUAGUGGUGUGAACAAAAUUGGAUUGAGAAAAGGGUUAUUAAGAAUAACAGUAUGGUUAUAUUAGGAUUCAUGUUAGUGGUAUGAGGUGUGUAGUUGAAAAUCAAACAGAUAUUGCGUGAAAAAAAAAAUUAAAUAGAAGUAUAUAGUUUUGGUGUAUGAUAUAUCUAUUUGUAGUGAGAGAGGGUAUGUGUUCUAUAGGGUUAAGAGAUUGAAAGGGUGUGCUGAUCAGUGGUUGCACCUGUCAUUUCAGUAGAUUGAAAGUUGUGUGGGAGACUAUCUAUAAAUGAGAAAAUGACCAUGGGGUGGGUGGGAGGGAAAAGUCAGUCUUCCAGAAGGCUACCUGUUUCAAAUGGCCAUGGAACAGCUGAUGGAGCUCUGAGUUCUAUGCUGGACUGGGUAUGUUUAAAAAUCAGACUGUGGGAGAGAGAUGUAUAUUAGGGUCAGAUGGGCUAAGAGAUGGGGGGGUGCAUAGAUGGACAUUUGAUUUAAGGUCAUUUAAGGAAAAACAAAAGCAAAGAUUGAGAAUUACAGAGAUAAGACAGAGGUAUUUAAGUAGGGAAAUAAAACCAUUAAACAAGGAACAGGAAAGAUAUAUGGGCCUGAGCUGGUUAAACUAACUUUUAACAUGAUGGACAAAGACAAAGGUGAUAAAAUACUUUGCAUGAUUAGCACAGGCUAUAGUUACAAAGACAUGAAAAUGUAUACAUUGAAAAGAAUAAAACUAAAUAAUAUUUACUUAAUAUAAAAACAUACACAUACAGUAGGGUAAUAGGUAAUAGUGACAGUCUGUCCCUUCACACUGGUUUUUGUAUGAUGUAGGGACAGUAAAUAGUGAUCGUGUAUUUUUACCAGGUUGGAUCUUGUUUAGGGUGUUGUAAUUAGUGGUGGUAAACUCUUUGGGCCGAAGGAACCCAUAAAACGCUAAAUAGAUGGCCGUUUUCAUGACCUGGUUUGUGUGAGUUUCAAAUGGUGAAGUGUGUGUGUAUGUAUAUAUGUGUGUGGUGUGUGUGUGUAUAUGUAUGUAUAUGUAUAUAUAUAUAUAUAUAUAUAUAUACAUAUAAGCAAUGUCCUUGCACUCACGCUUUUAAAGUCUUGCACUAAAAUUUAAACAAUGCAGUUGCCGGGUGCCAAUCCCUUUAGGGAUUAAAUAGUGUAUACAAAAAUAGAAAAGUAGAAGCUGCACUCACGGUCUUAGUAUCAAAGUAGAAAAAGAAGUUUUAUUCCAUGUGUCACAAACGACGUUUUGGUCCGCACAGGGACCUUCCUCAGGAUAAAGUGAAGCACCUUAAAGUGCUUCAAUUUAUCCUGAGGAAGGUCCCUAUGUGGACCGAAACGUCGUUUGUGAAACAUGGAAUAAAACUUCUUUUUCUACUUUGAUAGUAAGACCGUGAGUGCAGCUUCUACUUUUCUAUUUUUGUAUAUAUAUGUGUGUGUAUGUAUAUAUAUAUAUAUAUAUAUAUAUAUAUAUAUAUAUUAUAAUAUGUAAAUAAUUACUCAUUGAAAACCAAAAGUAAAUAUGUGUAGAAUUUUAACAUUAGGAACAGAUAGGUGGAAUAAAAAGGAAACAAAUUGUGCUUAACAUAAAAUAGAGGAGGCAACAGGCAUACAGUGCAUUCAGAAAGUAUUCAGACCACUUUGUUUUUGUUUCUUUUUUUUUUACACAUUUUUAAUGUAGCAGCCCUCUCCUGCUAUUUUUUUUCACAUCAUUCUACACAAAGAUUUUUUUUUUUUUUUUUUUUUUUACACCAAAAAAAUAUAUAUCUGAAAUAUCACAUUGACAUAAGUAUUAGGAACCUUAACUCAGUACUUACUUCAAGCACCUUUGACAUUGAUUAUAUCCUCAAGUCUCUUUGGGUAUGAUGCAACAAGGUUUGCACACCAGAAUUUGGGUAGUUUGUGUAUAUAUGAAUGUUUGUGUGUGUGUAUAUUGUGACAGGGUUACUUGGGGCAGGUUAAUUAAAGGCAGUUAUAUAAGUCUGUUUAUAUAAAGUAUACUUUUCUCCUGUUCUAUGGUUAAUACUGCCCUAUUUAGCCUGCUGAGAUUUUCUCACUAGUACUGCUGGUAACAGACACAGAGUGUGCAACUGUGCGGUAAGAAAACUUUGUGCUGUUUCAUUAUUGUUACUGGGAACCACCUUAGCUGGCCAGUGCUGUAAUAAAGUUAAUCUCCUAAAAGCAGUAGGUUUUGCUUUGCUUUUCGUUUAAGUAUUAAGGGGAAAGAGUACCCUGGAUGUUAUUAAAAACUGUUGAUUUUGUAAAUAACAGACCAGCUGCAUCCACAGCAGCAGCCUCUGCAACAGCCCAGCAGGAGUCCAACAGACAAGCUUCAGCCUCAGUAGCAGCAAUAUAUGAAUGUAACAGGCUCCUGGGUGUGCAAAUUGGAGUUUUGACUGAAGUGCAAGAAACAGACUGUGCCAUGCUUAAACAGGUCCUAUACCACGUCAACAACCCAGAAGGGGGUGUAAGCAGAAUACGGGCAAACCACUGUCUACAGAAAACGACUCCAGAUGAUGAUGUUGAGUCCUACCUUCUAGCAUUUAAACAGACAGCCAUCCACGAGGACUGGCUUCACGGUUAGUGGGCAGGAAUUAUUUCUGCUUUCCUCCUUGGCAAAGUGCAAAAAGCCUAUUACCUGGAUGAGGAGGCCACUGCAAAUUACCCUCAACUAAAGGCUUAAAUUCUUACCCAAAUAUGUGUGAUGACAAAUGUAGGAGCUCAACAUGUCUAAGUGGCAGUUUAAUGAAGGAAAGACUCCUUGAUCCCAGACAUUUAACCUGAUUCAUCAGGCCUGGCAAUGUCUCAAACCGGAGAGACGGAAAGUCCUUCACAGAUCAUGGAAGCUCUGGUACUUGACCAAUAUUUGAGCGACCUUUCCCUGGCUUUCCGUGAAUGUGUCAGUCAAGCAUACCCCACUACUUAUGAUGAUUUGGUAGCCCAAGUGCAGCUAUAUAUGGCUGCCAAAAGCUUUGAUGAGCCACAAGGGAGAAUCAAACAGUUGUCACAGUAAGCCCACCUUACAGGAAACGGGAGGCUGGUAAGAGGUCACUUAGAGGAAGCUCCAACCAAGUCAUUAUUUGGGGAGCUCAUGCAAGGCUUGAACCAUAGAGACAGGGUUCCUGUUAGAUUGAGUGAACCCAGGAACAUACAGUGUUUUUAAAGUGUGGUAAUCAGGAUAUGUUAGUCAUAUUUAGCAUGCAAACGUUCCAUAGAUCUUGUCCUAACUGGUCUUGUGGAGAGUACACAGACAUUCCAUAUGUAAGUCCUGCUGCAUAAUAAUAAAAAAAGGCAGUGGCACUAGUAGACUCUGGUAGUGUCAUAGCCUUUUUUCAGAAAAAGUAGUGGGACACUAAUCUGCAGAAAGGUAAAAAGCGGGUGUGCUGUGCGCAGAUGGGACUACUGUGCACUAUCCCACUGCAAUGGUUGAAGAUUCUACAGGAGAAAGGGUGUAAUCUAUUGGUGCAGUGAUGGUUCCUAGGUUACCCGAUCACCUUGUUUCAGGAAAAGAUAUCCCUAAGUUUUAAACUUUACUUCUGAGGUCACUAAGGUCUGUCCUCCGUUAGUAGGGAGAACACAGAUGGUGAUGGGAAAAUUACAGAUGUUAGCCAAAUGUUUCCAUUCUCUGAUCUGGCUUUGGUUGUAACGCAACCAAAGUUCAGAAAGACAUGUAAAGAACGGAGGGAAAAUAAACAUAGGUUUAAAGGACCACUAUAGGCACCCAGACCACUUCAGCUUAAUAAAGUGGUCUGGGUACCAGGUCCAGCUAGGGUUAAUCCUUUUUUUUUAUAAACAUAGCAGUUUCAGAGAAACUGCUAUGUUUAUAAUAGGGUUAAUCCAGCCUCCAGUGGCUGUCUCUUGACAGCCGCUAGAGGCGCUUGCGUGCUUCUCACUGUGAUUUUUCACAGUGAGAAGACGCCAGCGUCCAUAGGAAAGCAUUGUGAAUAUUUCCCAUGGACUGGCUGUAUGCGCGCGCAGCUCCUGCCGCGCAUGCGCAUUAAGCCGGAGAGGAGGAGGAGAGCUCCCCGCACGGCGCUGGAGAAAGAGGUAAGUUUAACCCCUUCCUCUCCCCAGAGCCCGGCGGGAGGGGGACCCUGAAGGUGGGGGCACCCUCAGGGCACUAUAGUGCCAGGAAAACGAGUAUGUUUUACUGGCACUAUAGUGGUCCUUUAACAAAGCUCUGGCUGAACCUCUGGUAAACAAGCAAGGAAACCAUUCCCAUAAGGGAGUGGCUACACAGGUGACAGAGUCUGACUUGAGAGAAUAUGUGUGGCUGGGGAAUGAGAAUGAUGAUCACCCUGAUGAGAAUGACUCUGAUCAAAAUGAUCUGUGUGAUGUGAAUUGUGUUCGUGGUGAUUUGGGAGGGAUCAAGCUAACUAUUCCCUGUUACAAGCUGCAAGAAGCAGAGUGAGUGAGGUAAAUGGAAUGCUGGUGGAGGGAAGAAUAAAAAUUACCCUGAUUUUGUUCUCAAUAAUGGAGGAAGGACAAGAGAUUGAACAGUUGGUGGUUCCCACCUCUCAAGUCUUGGACUUUGCCCACACACAUGUACUAGGGGGGACACUUGGGAGUGGUGAAAACCCAGGAGUGGAUUCUGAGAUGGUUUUGCUGGCCAGGGGUUUAGGAGGCAGUGAAAAAGUACUGUGCUUCCUGUCCUGAAUGUCAGUUUGCAUCUGCAAAUCCAAACCCAAGGGUCCUCUUAUAACUCUCUCAAUUAUUGUUGAUUCUUUUGAAUGAAUUGGUAUGGACAUAGUGGGUCUGUUAGAAAGGUCUGCCUGAGGACACCAAUAUAUUUUGGUUGUUUUACUUGAUACCCCAAAGCCAUUCCCUUACGCAAGAUUUAUGCUAAAAAACCAUAGCAAAGGAGUUGGUACAGGUGUUUUCAUGGAUAGGCAUCCCAAAAUAAAUCCUUACUAAUCAAGGAACUCCUUUUAUUUCUCACCUUUUGAAAGAUAUGUGUCUUUAACAACCUCUGUAUACCACCCUCAGACUGAUGGGCUUGUAGAGAGGUUUAUCUGCACCCUUAAGGGGAUGUUAAAAAAAAAUGUUUUUAGCAGGGAUUGGAAGGAUUGGGAUAUCCUACUUCCCUAUUUACUAUUUGCAAUCCAUGAUAUUCCCCUGGACUUGGUCGUUUUUUUUCACCAUUUGAACUUGUCUAUAACAAGCAUCCACGUGGUAUCUUUGACUUUCUCAGAGAAACAUGGAAAGAGCAGGGAGUUCCAGAGGCUAAUGUGAUGCGCUAUGACGAAAAGAAACCGGAGCAAAUGGUUGUUUCUCUGGUUAGACAGCACAUGGAGAGAGGACAAUCGGCUCAGACACUUUAUUAUUGGAGUACUAGAGCUUACCUAAGGGUGAGAGGGUGACGGUGUAAGUUUCAACUGUCGAAAGUGAGCUACCAACUCAUGGUCAAGGUCCGUAAGAAAUCCUAGAAAAGAUUGGCCCUGUUGACUUAAGUUAGUUAACCUGACCGAUGAAAAAUAGAGCAGAUUUUUCACGUAAACCUCCUAAAACCAUGGAAAGGUAGAGAGGUAUAUGUAACCCUGUUGGACCAUAUGCGACUCGAACCCCAGUGCUUUAGAACACCCAAUGAGUAUUUUCACUGAGCUGACACCUAAGAAGAGGAAAACAAGGACAUGGUGGAAAUGAAUAGGGAUGUCUUUUCCCCCAUGAAUAAUAAAAUAUCUCCAACAAAAGCAGAUCAGAAUGUAUUGUUUAGCAUUUACAUUGCAGAUGUAUUUUUUUUUAAAGCAGUAAUUUGUGCUUAAUAAACAAAUUACAAAAUUAAUGCUGAUAUAAUUAUAUAUAUUUUUUUCAUAUUGUCUCUCUUGUCCAACAUGUUUGUACUAUUAUUAGUCUUAAACUCGCCAUGGUGUAAAAAAUUGAAAAUAAAACUUAAAUAAAAAAAUCUGCACAUAAUGUUCCUAUUUAUAUUUGUAAAUGAAUUUUUAGUUUACUUUUUUAAUAUGUCUGUUUGUUAGCAGCACAUUUAUACAGAGCCAUACGGCAGAACUUGUUGACACCUAAUAAUGAUAUCAAAAUACAACAUGUGAAACAUUUACUGCUAAUACUUUUCAAGGCAAGUGGUUAACACCCCACUGUUUUCUACAUUAUCCAUUCUUCUGAUCAGAAAGAGCCUUUUCCCUCAUAAUAAUAUUAUUAGUGAUUUAAAGCUUUGGUUUAGAUCUUUUCUUUGUUGCGCCAAUCAAAGUGCAUGUUACUGCAGCAGUCACAUCAUAUAAAUAACUUACACAUGUACAUAUUUUUUACUCACUUAUUAUAUGUUUCGCUUAUUUUUUUUUACAUAUUCUUUUAUGCUGAUCAUAAUGACAUUUUGACCAUGAACAUCUUGAACAAUAUCUUUAUUGGGUUGUAAAUCUUUUUCUGUGGCUUGUACGGUUAUCUUGUUGCAUGACCCAGUUGAGUUUGUUUUUAGAACAUUUUUAAAAUAUAAUUUCCCUUGGGUAUUUUUUUUUUUUUAACUAAGCAGAACUCAUGGUUUCUUCAUUAAUGGCAAGUUCUCCAAGUUCUGAAGCCGUAAAAUAUCUCAAAACACAAGUCACCACCACGUCUGAUUGGUGUUAUCAAGUGUAGUGAAUUUGUUGGCUAAUUGUAAUUCCGUCAAUAUUCAGUGCACUCUAGAACUGUUAAGUAUAAAUCUAGUUUAUUCUAGUGAAAUGUAAUGUGAGCAUUCAUGGACAGAGUUGGGCUGAAGCUUGCUGAUCUCUGAUACUAUUGCAGGGUUCUUUAUCAGUUUCUGAUUUCACUUCUAGAAUAUAAAAAAAAAAAGCUUCGGACCCACACCUUCUGAAUUUGUAAAACAUGCCAUAUCAAGUAGAGGAAAAUAAGGACAUGGUGGAAAGGAAUAGGGACGUCUUCUCCCCCAUUAAUAAUAAAAUAUCUCCAACAAACGCCUUGAUUUAAUAAGCUUUCUUAAUUAUUCAAUACUGUUAGAAAAUCUCUCCAAAUGGUUUAUCUUCAUCAAUUUCUGUAUUUUUUAGUGGUGACUUUUGUAGAUAAAUCAUUUGGAAAUUUUUACUAACAGUAGUGAAUGAUUUGGAAAGCAUGUUAAAUCAAGGCCCAUGUUUGGAGAACUUCAAACCUUUUUUUAAAUUGAUUCAUAACUAAGCUGACAUGAACCAACAACGUUUCUGGGGGAGUUAAGGACAUGGCAUGUUAUACUGACAAUUUAAAUUUCUGUUUAAAAUUUACUUUGACUCAAAUAUAAGGAUUAUAUAGCUAUAUAAUUAUUUAAGUGUGUGUGUGUGUGUAUGUAUGUAUAUAUAUAUAUAUAUAUAUAUAUAUAUAUAUAUAUAUAUACAGUUGCAAGAAAAAGUAUGUGAACCCUUUGGAAUGAAAUGGAUUUCUGCACAAAUUGGUCAUAAAAUGUGAUCUGAUCAUCAUCUAAGUCACAACAAUAGACAAUCACAGUCUGCUUAAACUAAUAACACACAAAGAAUGAAAUAUUGCCAUUUUUUUAUUGAACACACCAUGUAAACAUUCACAGUGCAGGUGGAAAAUGUAUGUGAACCCCUAGACUAAUGACAUCUCCAAGAGCUAAUUGGAGUGAGAUGUCAGCCAACUGGAGUCCAAUCAAUGAGAUGAGAUUGGAGGUGUUGGUUACAGCUGCCCUGCCCUGCCCUAUAAAAACACACACCAGUUCUGGGUUUGCUUUUCACAAGAAGCAUUGCCUGAUGUGAAUGAUGCCACAGAGGAAGCCACUGCUGUCCAAACAAAACAUUGCUGCACGUUUACAGUUUGCACAAGAGCACCUGGAUGUUCCACAGCAGUACUGGCAAAAUAUUCUGUGGACAGAUGAAACCAAAGUUGAGUUGUUUGGAAGAAACACACAACACUAUGUGUGGCGAAAAAAAGGCACAGCACACCAACAUCAAAACCUCAUCCACAACUGUGAAGUAUGGUGGUGGGGGCAUCAUGGUUUGGGGCUGCUUUGCUGCGUCAGGGCCUGGACGGAUUGCUAUCAUCGAAGGAAAAAUUAAUUCCCAAGUUUAUCAAGACAUUUUGCAGGAGAACUUAAGGCCACCUGUCUACCAGCUGAAGCUCAACAGAAGAUGGGUGUUGCAACAGGACAAUGACCCAAAGCAUAGAAGUAAAUCAACAGAAUGGCUUAAACAGAAGAAAAUAUGCCUUCUGAAGUGGCCCAGUCAGAGUCCUGACCUCAACCCGAUUGAGAUGCUGUGGCAUGACCUCAAGAAAGCGAUUCACACCAGACAUCCCAAGAAUAUUGCUGAACUGAAACAGUUCUGUAAAGAGGAAUGGUCAAGAAUUACUCCUGACCGUUGUGCACGUCUGAUCUGCAACUACAGGAAACGUUUGGUUGAAGUUAUUGCUGCCAAAGGAGGUUCACCCAGUUAUUAAAUGCAAGGGUUCACAUACUUUUUCCACCUGCACUGUGAAUGUUUACAUGGUGUGUUCAAUAAAAAACAUGGCAACAUUUCAUUCUUUGUGUGUUAUUAGUUUAAGCAGACUGUGAUUGUCUAUUGUUGUGACUUAGAUGAUGGUCAGAUCACAUUUUAUGACCAAUUUGUGCAGAAAUCCAUAUCAUUCCAAAGGGUUCACAUAUUUUUCUUGCAUUGUAUAUGUGUGUGUGUGUGUGUGGACAGCUGGAUUACUAAAUGUAAGCUAAAAUAACUGCAUAUUUUAUAAAUAAUUUGGUAUAUGAUAUAAUGAUCAGUCAUUAAUCAGCUUAUCUCCUCUAGGGAAUAGUGUACAUUUUAAUAAUGAAUAACAUACUCGCACUUCCUCUCCUGUACUGAUUUUAUAAUAAAAUCUUUGGUGCGAUAUAUAUAUAUAAUUUUGUUUUAAAUGAGUCAGCCACAUAGAUAUGCCUAUUAUAAAAAUCUAUGAUUGUCUGCUUCCAUUGAAUAUGUACUUUAUAUUUGUAUUAGUAGUACUGUUGCAAUAAAAGCAUAAGAAGCUGCUUUUUAAUUAUUUCAUUUUUUUUUUUAAGUAUAUAUGCAGUUUAAGUGCUCCAUAAUCUUUUGUAAUUUUUUUUUUUUUUUUAAUCUGAAAAAUUGUACCAUAUUUGAUUCUUUAAUUUAAGCAUGUUGACAUUUCUUAUAGCUUCUUAUCGGAUUCUCCUUACUAGAAAACUAUUCUGAACCUUUUCUUAAAGUCUUUCUCCCAAGAGGACAGUUGUUUGUUCUUAUGUUUUGCUGCAUUACAUCAAUAGUUGCCAGAAACUUACGCUUUCAGGGGUGGUUUAAAAAAAAGAUCUGCAAUCAAAUGCCUGGCUUUAUAAGGUUGUAAUCUGGAAUUGCCAUAAUGGAAAAAGAACUUGUGAACACAUGUGAAUGAAUGGAAUCAUUCCACUGUUAGUGGGAGAUUUAUGACUGAUAAAAUCUGUACAGAACAGCAAGUGGCAGUGAUUGUGUUUUUUUUUUUUUAAAUAUGAGAGCCAAGUCUUACAUUAGGACGUUGUUGAAGCCAGUGCAGAAAAUAAACGGCACCCAGGGGAUGGAACUGCUUUCUGUUAGGUUGAAGGGCCUUUAAUAAUCGCAUAUUCUAAUAGCAGGUUAUAUGGCUUGUGUGUGUGUGUGUAUAUGUGUAUCUAUAUGUAUAAAAGCUAAUCUCGUCCUGUGAUUCUAUAAUACCUUAUGCAAAGUAACACACAACAGUUAUGAUGUGUUGGCACUGCAGUUUUUAAUAGUUGACUUUUUAAAUUAAACGAUAAGUUUGCUGAGUGACUUUCUCGAAUUCACUUAACGAAAGCUCAUAAAACAUGCUGCAGGUUUAACAACCACAAGCACCCGUGGAAGAGAUUACAUCUUGCUCUGCAAUUCCAAUAACAGAUAAAAUAUAUCCCCACGAUUUUGUUAAGUGAUUGAAACAUUGCAUAGUUGAGUUUCAAGGAGCUGCAUUCCAAAUAUCCAUAAUACAAUAAAAAACACAAAGUUUUGAGUUAUGGCAGAAAACAUUUUUCUGGCUCUUUUCGGAUGUACAGCUCAGUAAAUUUUUAUCUUGCCUUAUAAACCAAACAUCUUAAAUACUAAUAUAGAUUUUUCCGCGUGCUUGCCUAUGUUUGUUAAUUAGAACUAUUUCAAACGUUUUGUUUUGUUUGUUUUUUUAAAAUAAAUUUUAACAAACACAAACAAUGAUGCUAAUCUUGUAUGUUUAUACACCGAUUAUAAUUCUGUAGGUCUACCACCAUACAAAACCUAACUCUUUGGAUGAAAGAAAAUAGAUAUCUACGCUGAAAUGGUUAAAAGCAGGAAUAGAAAUGAACUAAAGUGUUUGAAAUUCUAUAUAAUGGGAAAAAAAAUAUCUAAAAUGGUUACAGUUUCUUUCAGCAGAUUGCUAAGUGCAUGAUAGGAGUACUUUGGCUAUAUAACUCACACACUAGAUGGCAGUUUUGUCUUAUGUUAUAGUUUGAAUUUUAAUACGAUGAAACAGGAAAGGCCAUCAGUGUUUAGUCUGCACUCAUAUGGUCUCUGCAUGACCAGUGUAGACCCCAUGGACUUCCUCUAACAUGUGUUAGCAAUUUAGCAGCAGACAUUUAUUUCUUUGUUUUUACUGCCUGGCUCUUUGAGAAAGUGUUGGUGCUGGGUUAUGGGCUGUCUGGAUCAUGUCAGAGGCCACGGGGAUCAAGUUCAUGUGACAGGCUAGACUGGGGAAGGAUGAAUUUGGAGGAGGUAGAAAAAUGACCCUCCCUUUCUGCAGCAACAAGUCACUGGAUGUCUGUGGUGUAACGCCAAAACGGCUGGGCGUCUUUAGUUUUAAUACAGCUGAAAAAACAAAACACUUUGCCCAUUUUACUUUUUUAUAUUUCAUCACUAAUAGUCAAAGCAUUCCUCAAAAAAUGUAUUUUGAUACUUCAUCAUUCUUUUUUCCUUUCUCCCUUUUUUUUUUCUUUCUUUAUUCACUUUCCCUUAUUCUAACAGCCCUUUCCAGACGUGGGGAUCUGCAAAUUCUUUCAUUCUGUAUGCUCCAUUGGUUAUGCGGGAAACUGCCCUGGGAUAAGAAUCUUAAGGUUCCGGUUGCUGUCCAAGCUUCAAAGACAAAGUAGGAUAUUUUGUAAUACCAAACAUUGCACCAAAAUUCAAAAUCCUACUCUUUCGACCGUUCCAUGUGAAUGCAAGUCUUACAACUAUAUUGAAAAUACAGUCAACACGGCAUACAUGCAAAAUACAUCAUAUAAAACAUAAAUCAUUUUAGAGAAAUAAAAAACAAAAGUAUAAAACAGAUUUUAUAAUACACAGGCUUAAAAACCCUGUGCAUAUUAAAUGUGUUGCUUUGCAGUAGAAUGCAACAUAUAAGUUAUUAGUAAUGUAUUUAUAGUUCAAUGUUACAAUAAUUGAGUACAAGAAAGAAGACAACCGAGAAGUUUGAUUUUUCAGAUUAGCAGUAUUUUUCCUUUUUUUUUUGGUACAGAAUUUUAAUCUAAAGAGUUGUAUCAGUGUAAUGUUAAGAAGAAAGAUGGACUUAGCGAAAUUAGACCAGUAACCAGUUAUUUCUCUAAUCUUUUAUCUGUUUGUUUAUCAAUUUCUGUGCAAUCAGUAUAAGUUCACAGUGCUGUGAAACAUUGUUAAGAAUCUUGACUUUUUUCCCCCAGAGAGAUUUCAUCCUCCUUUUAAAAAGGACCAGCUUUCUGCUCCUGCCUAUACAUAAUAGCAACAAACAGAAAUAUUUUAAAUAUUUAAGCAUUGGCACAAGCUGCAUGAAAAUUGAAGGGGGAGUAAGCCAAUAAAACACAGACAUGCCUUGCACAGUAUGGAACAUUAAGCAUUUUCCUUUAGAUUUCAGUUCCAAUGCAAUUGAAAAGACCAGUAUGUACUUAGUAAUUGAUGUAAUUGCUCAGGUUAUCUGUGUUACAUAUGGGAACUAAUAGGGUUAAUUCUUCACUAACUCUUUUAUGUAUUUUCCUGCAAAUUCCGAUAGGAAAAAAAAAUGUUUCGGUACAUCUAAUCUGGUUAUUCAUUUGAUUAGUCUAAAUGUUUUAUUAUGUAGGGUAAUUUAUUUUUGCAAAAGUAGCAACAAAAUCUCGAAAGAUUAACCUUUUUCGUGGUUGUUUAUAUGGCUCUAAAAAUGGUAAUCUCAACAUUAAAUGCACUGAGUUAGAAGAAUUAGAAUUACUCCUGCUUUGUUCCUAUUAUGUAUGAAUGUAAGACUCUUACUAUGAAUAAUACAUGUGUGCAUAUAAAGGUGAAUAUCAUUUGAAAGGAAUGUAUUAUUUGUGAAAACUCACCUCCUUUCUUUAAAGAAGCUAUAUCAUGUUAUUAGGAUAGUGGUUAUAGCAUUGCUCAGUGAUACAGUGUUAAAAGACUGAUCACGUAAUGAUGGGAGAAAUCCUAAGGCAGUGGCAAGUUUCAUGCUCUCGAAGACAGGAUUAUUCACUAAAUGAGCAAAUUGUCAGAAAUUGGCCAGAGAGUGGCAAAUUUAAAACCAAAAUAGCGGAGCUGGAGAAUUUUUCCAAUUCAUCUAUUUUAGAUUAAACUGUGCAAUUCCCUUGUUAAUUCUAAGUUUAGUAAACAAUAUGGUUUAGCAGCUCUGUUCUUUUGGCAAGGUCAAUUGUGCUUUUUUCCCCCCAUUUCUGUACAAACAAUACUAUUAUUUAUUUAUCCUUACAAAUAAUUACCUAAAAGUCCACGUUUAAAACAGUUUUUCAAAGUAGUGUAGUCAAUCUCAGACGACAUUCUUAAACGACAACAGUCACAUCAAAAAAUAUAUAUACUUUUUAAAAUAUAAUCUUGCAUCAAGUAUUGGAAGAAUUUAGAUUUAAAAAAAAUAAAAUAUGACUAAUUGUCAGUUUUCAAACACUGUCCGACCAUAGGUGCAUGUAUAUGACUGAAGGACCCUUUCAUAUACCAGUUAAGGAUUAGUUUAUUAUUGUUUUCUUUUCUCUUUCUUUUCUUUCUUGAUUUAAAUUAAAAUAUAUUUUUGAGCAGCUUUGGUGUAUAGUUCAUGCCCCUGCAGUCUCACUGCUCAAUUCUCUGCCAUUUAGAAGUUAAAUCACAUUGUUUAUACAGUCCUAGCCACACCUCCCUGCAUGUGACUUGCACAGCCUUCCUAAACACUUAAUGUAAAGAGAGAUCUAACGUUUAAACUUUCUUGCCCCUUAGAUUAGUGAAAUAAUAGGGAUUUCAUUAUUUCCUGGAGAAAAGCAGGAUUCUAUAAAUAGAAUUAUAAAAGAAAUAAGUCCCUCCUUGUUCUCCUCCUCUUUAGACCAAAAAAUUCCCCAAAGGCAAAAUUCCCCAGUUGUCUGCCUCAGUUACAGCUGGUAAGAAAACCACUCUGCCUAUUUGAGAUUCCUGUAGAUUGCAAGAUGCUAUGGACAAAAAAUAAGAAUUUACGUUAAGGAAGAUUUUGGUAACUAAUGCUGCGCAGAAUGAAGCCCUUAUUGCAGAUUCUUCGGUUACUAAAGCACAAAGUACAUGGCUGGAUUCGCUUGAAAAAGUAUACUAGGUGAAUCUCAAAAAGAUCCUGUUAAAAUCCUUCAAAAUAUCAAGAUAGCUUCUGACAAGCAAACUACUUCAGAAGCUCUUAACAUUUCAGCUAAAUUGAUGGGGCAUUCCACAGUGGUCAGAAAGGCUGUCUAGUUUAGAGGCUUGUCAGCGGACUCCGCUUCUAAACUCUCUCUAUGCGAUUUGCCUUUUGACCAAGGCAGAUUUUCCACCUCUCACCUGGAACAAGAGAUUUUUAACAAAAACAGAUCUUACAGACAUUGUUUUCAUCGGACAGUGUUUUGACUACAGAAAUUAAGACUCAGGCAAGUUUGUGGGUAAACAAAGGCUGACUAUUUUGUAGCCAAUGGCAUAGGAAGAAGAUUGUUGGAUUUUUUUCAUGCCGUGACAAAACAUCGCUACAGACAAAUUGGCCCUUUCUAUUAUAAGAAAUCUUUAUCGAGUAGAAUAUGACGGUCUUACUCAAAGAAGCUUACUUUGCUAUAUGGUCCAUAUCCAGGAAUGACAGAUUCUCUUUAUCUAGAAGUACAAAAUCUUUUGGGGGAAAAAAAAUAACAUUAUCAAAGAAAUUUAUUCCACAGGUUACUUCAGAGGGUCAUAUUCCAGAUACAUUUUUGAUAGAAAUUCUUUUAGGUCAAUUUUUUUAUCUCAAGGAAAAUCAACGCAUUGCAAAAGAAAAAUAUUUUGUAUUUCUGUAAGAGACUAUUUUUACUAGCAAUUCAUCAGUCUCCAUUUUAGUUUUUACUCUGCCCAUUACGUUUUCAGCAAUAUUCUGGUGGUUAUUACUGCUGCUCUAAGGAAGGAAAGUCUUCAUAUUGUCCUUUAUUUGGAUGACUGAAUGUCGAAGGCACACUCUAUACUCAAUACUCUUGUCUUCAAGUACAGGGCUGGAUUGUUAAACUAAUUCCCUUGAGGAAAAUUCAGUUUCUGCGCUUUAUUAUAGAUUCGGAUUUCAUGAAAAAUGUUCUACCCAAAGAAAAAAGUAAAUUAAUAUUGGCCUUGUCUUCUCUAAAAAAAGAAAGCAGUAUGUUCCAUAAGGGAGGCGAUACUGAGUCUUUUCACUGCAGCCCUUCCAGCCAUCCACUGUUCAUUUCAGAAGGCCUAUUCUUCAGAUUGAUAGAAAACAAUUUCACGACCACUGACGCCUCAGCUUUCAAUUGAGGAGCUCAGUUUGGAAGCUGUUCUACAAAAGGCCAAUGGACAAGUCAAGUUCCAGAAGAACUUCAGAUAUCAGAGAAUUAAAUGCUAUUUGGGUAGCUCUCAUAAGUUUCAGACAAGUUCUGUUGCAUCAUCAUGUUCAGGUUCGCUCAGGCAAUGCAACUAGAUAGGGAGGAACAUGUUCAUCUUCCUUGGAGAAACUAUGCUCAAAGAUUAUGCUGUGAGUAGAAAUCCAUCUUUUUUCAUUGACUGCAGUCCAAUUGAGACCAAAAGAAAAUGAUCCUCUUAAAUGGAAAAAGGAAACACGCUGGUAGCAGAAAAAAACGGGGGUAACCCCUAAACUGUUGACUGCAGUCCAUACUAAAGGGAAUUUCAACUUUCUAGCGUACACACUGACCCGGAAUCCUCGAAAACAGGGCAAUUGGUCACUUUUUAAAUACAUCUUGUGGCCUUUAAAAUCAAAGAAAAGUAAAAAUGUUUGCAUUGAUAAACAGUUCAGGCCAAACAAACUAUCUAGAUACCCUAGCUAUUCCUUGGAAAUUUCAUCUGACAUACAACUACCCUCCCAUAAUUUUGAUUCGGAGACUCCUGCAGAAGGUGUCGGCCCAGAAAGAUUCCACCUGUAAAAUUUAUGCAAAAAUUUGGAAAGUUUUUUCUUCUUCUUGGUGUUUUGGUAUAAAGAUUAAUCCUAUCAUAGUCCUUGCCUUCUGAGAUUUCAACUAUGCUUUGCUUUAGAUUUACGUACUGCUUCUCUCCAUGUUAAAGUCUCUGUAAUCAUCAGUUUUUACUCCAUCAGAGAUUUGACUUCUAUUUCCCUUGUGGCCAAAUUCUUCAGAGAAGUCUGUAACUUGUUUACUACAAUUGGAAAAUAUGAAGAAAUUCAAAUGUUUAGAACCCUUGUUUGUCCUCUACAGGGGCCAGGAGGAAUAAUCGAUGGCCUCCUAGGGAUCCUUGGCCAGCUGUAUCGAGGAAGCAACUUCACUUAUCUACAGUGUCUUACACCUGCCUUCUCCUCCGCAUCUUAAAUUCCACUCAACCAGAAGAGCAAUUGCUUUCAGUUUGACUACUCUGGCCUUAAAUUUGAAAGGCGGUCACCGCCAGAGGAAGUGUGGCUAGGGCAUCUUGGACAGAAACCAAAGUGAUGUAACUCAUAAAUGGCAGAGAAUUAAGCAGUGAGAAUGCAAAAACAAAAAAAGCCUAAAUUGAAUUGAUUCAUUCAUUGGGUUUUUUACUAAAUCAGACAUUUGUACGAACUUAUUUCAAAUUGUAGACAAAACCAGAAGUAGUUCUCAAAUUCAGCCAUUCCUUCCGGUUCAUUACUACUCCCAAAAAAUUGAGACACCCAGUCAAUUCUACACUUUCUGUGAAAUUACAGGGUUAUUUAAUAAAGCGAGAAUUCAAAGUGAAUUUCAAAUUUUAGGGCCAGAGUAGUCGAAUUGAAAGCAAUUGCUUUCAAUUUGACUACUCUGGCCUUAAAUUUGAAAUUCACUUUGAAUUCUUACUUAAGUAUAUGACCCUGUUAGUUAAGGUAUCCAACAUAAUUGUCCAUUUUUUUAUUUUUUAUUUAAAAUUUUUAAACACAGUUUACAUGCUUUGGUUAGAAAUCAUCUAAUACGUAAGUAUAUUAAAUAAAACCGGGGGAGCAUUGUGAGGGAAAUGGUAGAACUAGUAAGAUGUUAAAUGGGAGGGUGGAAAAAUGAAAGAGUAGAAACAUUACAUACAAAACUGAAAGUCGAUGGACGUAGGUGCCUUUCCAUGAACAUGGUAUGUGUUAUGCUAUUUUAACCCCUUAAGGACCAAACUUCUGCAAUAAAAGGGAAUCAUGACAUGUCACACAUGUCAUGUGUCCUUAAGGGGUUAAAGCGGAAAUAAGGAAAUUAGGUAUUCUAAGUGAACGAACAGAUGUACUUGUUGGUUAUUUUCAGUUAUUUUAGGAGUUUUGUUUAAGAGUGUUGUUGCACUGGAAUAAGACUUCUUACAUGUUUAAUCUUGAUUUAAAUCUUUCAGGCUUUUAGAAGAACUUCCCAAUUCAGUUGUAAACUGGGCAGCUCAAGAGGAUGGUUGUCGUAAGCAUUACUUCUUACACUACAGAUUCAUUUUUUGAUUCAAGAAGUGAAAGUGCAAAUUGUGUUCCUAACGUUAUAGUUCCCUGGUAACCGCUUAGAUGACCGGCCCCACCUGCAUGGAAAAAGAAAGCUAUUUUAUUAUCUUUGCUCCCUCCCAGCACCAGUCUCUGUUGCUAGCCCUGCCUCCUUGGCUGAGGUCAUAGAGAUCGAUGAUCUGUCAAUCACAUGCUUACCCAUAGGGAGGCUAUUGCGCAUGCACAGCAAACUGCUAUCUAUGAGACCAUGUGAUAGAAAUAGGAGGUUUUUAUUCUGCUUGUUCUGAGGAAGCACCCCUGUCUGAGUGAGAGCCACUAGAGGCACUUAAUCCAGCAGAGAAGACAUUGCUGUUGUGCGGAAUAGAAAUUUGCAGGGUUAAAAUGGAGAACACAUGGCACCCAGAUCACUUCAUUGAGAUGCAGAGUUCUGGGUGCCUAUAGUGUACCUAUAUGGUGUACAUAUCAACAGUAACCUUCAAUGGUGAAAGGCAGUUAACUAUGUUCUGUGCAUUGUCUGUAACAAAUAGAAACAAUGGUCCUGUUAAUACUGCAACAGCCAGCUCACCAUCAUGAUACAUUUGUUUCCUCUAUUGUAUUGAUAUGAAAUGCAAACUAAAUACAGGUAUUUAAUGAAGAACAUUCAUUUUUUUUCAUGGCAUUGCCGUGAAAUUAUAGGAUUAGAAUUCCCUGCCCUUUCCUGUCAUUGUACAGGAAUGUAAAGGUUGAAAUGAUGGAAGGAAGUGAACAUUGUGUCCAUAGGGAUUCAUGGCCCUUAAAGACUUUAGGAACAGUAUCAUAAAUGGCUGCUAGGCCAGUGUGAGGGGGGAAAAAAUAAUUAAGCAUGACCUCCAGCUCUUAUAUAUGUAUAAUCUGGUUCUGUAGAAUCCCUGGCAAUCCGCUAUUAAACCAGUCCGCAACUACAUUUUAAAAUCUACACAUUCAGUUCUCCUUUGUAUAUUCAUGUGUAAACUUACUAAACUGGGGACUUAGGCACCAUUGAAGGCUAACUGUUAUAUGCAACAAGUGACCAUAUGCGGAUAAUUCCUAUGAUUUAUGAGUGAAUCGUUAUUGCUUUAUAUAAGAGAUAUAUAUAUAUAUAUAUAUUUUUUUUUAUAUAUAAUAUAUAUAUACUGAACAAAAUUAUAAACGCAACACUUUUGUUUUUGCCCCCAUUUCUCAUGAGCUGAACUCAAAGAUCUAAGACUUUUUCUUUGUACACAAAAGGCCUAUUUCUCUCAAAUAUUGUUCACAAAUCUGUCUAAAUCUGAGUUAGUGAGCACUUCUCCUUUGCUGAGAUAAUCCAUCCACCUCACAGGUGUGGCAUAUGUACAUAGAAAAAGUCUUAGAGUUCAGCUCAUGAAAAAUGGGGACAAAAACAAGUGUUGCGUUUAUAAUUUUGCUCAGUGUGUGUGUGUGUGUGUGUGUAUGUAUGUAUGUGUGUAUGUAUGUAUGUAUGUGUGUGUAUAUAUAUAUAGGCCCAAGUCACUUGCCUUCCUUCUGUAUUUAAAUAAAUCUAUCAUUUAACAAUCUGCAGAGAGAAAGAAUUGCAGAAUCACUUACAACAUUAAUUUAUUUGCCAAUCAUAGCCCUCUAUUACCAUUUCCUCAUUGACUGCCAAACCCCCCCCACCCCCCCAAAAAAAAAAAAAUGUGUAUAUAAAUGUGAUCUUCCAUAUGGUAUCAUCAUAAAUGUUAGAGUAUCAUAAGCCAAAGUAAUUUUCUUCAUUGAUGCAAUAAGGGCUCAUUCACUUGGUAUGAAAGGGUAAACAUUAUGUUCCUUCACCCAUUGUUAGUUAAAAACAUAUAUAUUUUGGAAGUCGCACAAAUCAGAUGAACUAAUAUUGUAAAAUAAAAAAAAUUCUCAAAGGCUCCGAAAGUUUUGCAACAAUAAUUGCACCAGCAAAUUAACACAAACAUACGCAUGUGUUGCUUGGUUUACCAAUAAAUUUUAGUGUAAAUACGUAUAGAGAAAACUCACAACACUUCGUAAAUAGGAUUAGAUUUAAAAUGUGAGAAAUGGAUUGGAAUUUAAAAGUACUGGAAAUAGAAGCAUAUUCGUGUAAGACAUGCUCAAGACUGGAGCACAUUUUGAAGACAAGAAUACCAAAAAAAAGAAAGAAAUACAAAUAUUCCCUGUCUUGCUCAGAAUGUUUCUUAAAUUCACUUAACGUUUCCUGCAAAUCUAAACUUUCUACAGGGACUACAAGAUGGCUGAAAAAAAAAACAUACUUCUUUCUGUUUUGAAGGAUGGUGCUAAACAUAUCAUGAAUACCUGCCUAGCAGGGGUUUAAGGUAUGUGUAGUUCAAGACUCUGUAGUAGUUUUUCAUGCGGUAGAAAGAAGAGAUGAAUGAAACCACUGUCCAAGCUAACAGCACCAACAACACAACUUCUAUUAGCUUUCCAAUCUUUUGAAGAAAACCUUCGGGAAGAUUUAUCAAGGCAAAUAAAUCCUAUUCUGGGACAUGGAAACCAAUAGCGUGUCUAUCCAUACGGCCUAGAGGAACACCUGUUUUUUUUGUUUUGUUUUCUUGCAAUUUAAAAUUGUCCUACACGUGAAUUGCAAGAAAUUUGAUUUAUCCCGUGAUGACAUUGAGGAAGGUGGCUUAUAGCGGUAGCAUUAAUUGCAUUUCAUUUCAGCCAAAAAGUAACAGAAUACAGGGAGUUCAUAAAAGAACUAAUUGCACCAUAAUUUGUGCAAAAAGCAUACUUUGUAAUGGAGCCUGGAAUGUUAACUCUAACUCUAACUCUUCACACAGCACUAAUAAACCACUUGGCCCUUUUUGGGUUAAAACAAAAUCGCUUAAAUAUAGUGCUCUCUGUAUGUGCCUUUCAAAAUAAUUGUAAAAUAAUUAAACAACUUGACAUAAAGGAAAAAAACACUUUGAUUUUAAAAGGUUUUUAGCAUUCACACAAUACGUGCCAUUGGUUCCCAAAGACGUCAGGGUUUGCUUAUAAAUAAUAUCUCCGUAAAGAUUUUUUUUUUAACAGUCUUUUUAGGUAUUCUUUUUUAAAUAACAAAUCAAACACACAAACAAAAAAAUAGAAUUCCUUUGUUUUUUGCAAGAGACGGUGCUAAAUUUGCAAACCAUGCCCGGCUUAAUGACCAGCUUUAUUUGUAUUCUUAAGAGCAAAGAGAGACUUGCUUCUUCUUAGAAGAUCCAAAUAUUUAGUUUUUUUUGUUUUUUUUCUAGUACACCAUACUUUUUCCAUUUGAAUAGGGUAUAAGGAGAAGUAACCUAGCUUAUUUGCAUUUUUCUUCAGGUUAUUUACUAUACACACAUUAAAUCCCUAACCCGUUUUCUCAAUUUUCAGAUGCAGUUGCCAGUUUCAUGGCUGAAGUAUACCGCUUGGGGUAUGAUGAAAAGCCAAAUUAUGGAGUACUUAGGAAAAUCCUGUUAAACAUUUUAGAAUCCACUGGAACAAGACUUGGAGAUCCACUGACAUUUUCACACGUAAAAGCCAUCCUAAAAAAACCUGCAGCAUUUAACAAUCCAGUAUGUGUAAUUAAAUAUGCUACCAUAUUUUUCAUAGAAGUUUGGCAUACAGAUUUGUUUCACCAAAGGUUUCUGUCUGCCUGUGAGUUUAUAUCGAGUAUGUUUGGCUAAUCUAGGUGCUAGUUUUGCAUUGACCUGUGCAUGGUGGAAAAAUGUGGUUAGGUCCAACCAUUUAUUUCCUAAAAUUAAAUUUAGUUCAGGACUUCUGACAUAUAUUCAUUUAAAGGUUUGGUUCAUCCAAUACCAUCCAUGAAAAAAAAAAUCAGGAAACCGAUUUGGGCGAGCAAAACAGCAUGCAACAUCUGAUAAAGUGUACUGCCAAAUAUAAAUAAUAUAACCUAUAUUUUGCAGUAAACUGAUAGAAGCAUAUUGACAUCACUAUCAAGUGAGAAAACAAUAAACCAAUAGAGGGAAAAAGAAGAGGAGAUGUUUUUUACUUUUCUCUGCUCCUCAACUGGUAACUUCUCACUUACUAUGUGAAAAAAAUCAACAUCCAGUGGCUGUCCCCUAGUGAUCACAUUUGCACCUAUUUCUCCAAGCCACUGGAUCCCCAGCGGUGAUCUCACUAUCAGGGGUCUUUGCAAAUUCUGCAAACACCCCAGACAGUGGUGACAGUGCCACUUAAGGGUCUUUAAGGACCAGCUUAAUAUGAUGACAGACUUUCCUUAUAGGGUUAAAAAUGUUACUAUACAACCGUAAAGAUGCCAACACCGCAGUCAUUCAAAAACAGGGAAAAGGUGAGAAGUCACCAAUGCAAUAUGCCUGCGAUUCCACUAGUUUCUAUAGUGAGUGUGCCAGUUUUAGUACUUUAGACAACUUUUCGGUAUGCAACCAUUUUUUGUACGUAAUCCCCAAUGUUUAUAUUUCGCCUGUUCACUUGUAGUUUUUGCCCUGGCUUUUCCUUUACUAGAUUAUGUUGUAAUUUGAGAAAUCGAAAUUUAAAAGAAAUUGUAACAUCCAUGAAUAAAAGGUUAACACGAGUGUUAUAGGUGCAUUUUUAUAUUUUAUUCAAUGGUAUAAAUUCCAGAAAAGUGACAUCCCCUUUAAGUCCCCACAGCCUCUCUUAGUUCUUGUGCUUAUAACCUAUUUUGUCAAUUGCUUAUCUCCCAAGUGUCCCUAUUUAGAAGGUACAGUCCCUAUUUUGGGCCCAAAUCCCUUUGUCCCACUUUUCUAUCUUAAUAUAUAUAUAUUAUCUAAAUGCUCCAUAUUGUUAGUGUGUUUGAGUGUAUACCAGAGCUCCACAGCUAUUUUUCUCACAGUAAUUUGUCUUUAUUCAACAAUACAUGUGUUUAGAAACCAGUCUGUGUAAGUAAAGAUACAUUGUUUUUCUUCUAAAUUACAUUUUAGUUGCACAAAUUACUACAAAAUCACCUAGAACAUCUCCAAACAGCCCUGCCCAUGGUCAUACCCCAACUCACAUCCCUAAAAUUGUCAUUAUUUAAAAUUGUCCAUUUGAAAUGUUGGAACAUAUACCAUUGAUGUACACCCAAACUUCUUUCUGAUCAAAAGCUCAUUUUGUAUUCUAAAUCCUUCUAACUUGUUUCAUAUCUUUUCCUAGACUAAGAAGAAUGCACUCUUACCAGGCGUGUGGUAUUUUAUAAACACUGGCAGUUAAUAAAACAAGCAUGAUUUGCUUGACUGGAUUUUGGCUGGAAUGUAUUAUUAAACAUAUUUUGACUCUUAUAAUACUUUGUAGGACAACACCUAGACAGUUUUUAUGCUCUGUUGAUUAAUCAUACAUUUUAGGUGACAGGUUCACUUGAAAUAAACAGAUAUUAAAGUGAUGUAAUUUGAGGUAUUCCUGUUCUCAUACACACAGGACUUGUGAUCAAACUGAACCAAUAUGACCACAAUUACCACUUAAAAGGGAUUUAUGAACAGCAUUUAGGCACUUCACUGGCUUGUGUUCUAUUGACUGAGUGCAAGCAUACACAUUCUAAGUUCUCCUGUGAUUUUCUGAAUGCCAGAGAUUAGCCUGGUUAUUGCAGAACUGUAUCAGAUCAGGGUACUUUUAUAAAGAUUACAAGAACAAAAUUCUUGAGGUUAUAAUAGAUUUCAGUGAAUAAAUUUUUUUUCCUGAUUAAGUGAAAAACGUGCUAUGCAUUGUAUGGAAAUACAUAAUUAGUGGACGGAAACGCAUAAUUUAAUUUAUUUCAUUUUCCAAUAGCAUUAAUAUAUUGAAAUAUUGAAAUUCAUGCAUGGACCUCUGUAACUCAGACUUCUUCACCAAACUAGAAAUUAAAGCAAAAUGUUAUUUUAGGCAAAAUUGCCAAUCUGGAGUUUUUUUUCAUCUCCUAUUUAGUUAUUUUGGUCUAACUUUUGCAAUUCCCGGGUCAACAUACCUCCCAAUGCUUGUAUGGCGCAAAUUAAGAAGUCAUGGGUGUACCCAUCGCCAUAGACACGACCCGGAUCAUUACGGUUACCAUUUUAUUUUAUGUCCACUGGAACCUUAUUAUAUUUAUAGCUAACCUUACACAUGCUGUUUUACCAUACACAUAAUAUUAAAAGCUAGUUCUUUACAGCAUACAUUACCAAACUUUAUGUUCUCAAUGAUUUUGAAUGCCAUUUAAAAAAAAUCUGCUGUAUAUUACUGAUGUUUAUGUCUUAACCUAAGCAAUUUUAUAUUAAUUGACUACAUUAAAGGGACACUCUGAGCACCAGCACGUUCAUGCAUUUGAUAGAUCUUGGCCUUAAUUAGUAUGCUGUAUUCUUUGCAUGUUCAAAACUUUAUAGUUUUUGCACAACCAAAACAUUUCUUUGUAGAAUGCUGCACCAGAAGCCUGUUUACUUAGCCAUAUCCCCUCACACCAGAGCCCCGCCUCUAUGGCUGAGAUAAUCGUGAUAAUCAUGAAUCGUGAUGAUCUCAGCCAAUCCAAUUGGGAGGCUGUUGCACAUGCUUCUCCAUGUAGAGCACUAAAAUAGGAAGCACCUUUGGUCGACUGAGUGCCACUAGAGGUGUUACUAGGCAGUGUUUACUUAAAAAAAAAACUAAAAAAAAACAGGGACAUAAAUUAUAGCUAUAAACAGAACUACUACAUUAAGCUGUAGUUGUUCUGCUGAAUAUAGUCUCCUGUUACCCAUUUGGAAGUCACUAUGUUACAAAUAAAAUAAUUUACAUUUAACGGCACACUAUAGUCACCUAAAUUACUUUAGCUAAAUAAAGCAGUUUUAGUGUAUAGAUCAUUCCCCUGCAAUUUCACUGCUCUAUUCACUGUCAUUUAGGAGUUAAAUCACUUUGUUUCUGUUCAUGCAGCCCUAGCCACACCUCCCCUGGCUAUGAUUGACAGAGCCUGCAUGAAAAAAAAACUGGUUUCACUUUCAAACAGAUGUAAUUUACCUUAAAUAAUUGUAUCUCAAUCUCUAAAUUGAACUUUAAUCACAUACAGGAGGCUCUUGCAGGGUCUAGCAAGCUAUUAACAUAGCAGGGGAUAAGAAAAUCUUAAUUAAACAGAACAUGCAAUAAAGAAAGCCUAAAUAGGGCUCUCUGUACAGGAAGUGUUUAUGGAAGGCUGUGCAAGUCACAUGCAGGGAGGUGUGACUAGGGUUCAUAAACAAAGGGAUUUAACUCCUAAAUGGCAGAGGAUUGAGCAGUGAGGCUGCAGAGCCAUGUUGUAUACACAAACACUGCUUCAUUAAGCUAAAGUUGUUCAGGUGACUAUAGUGUCCCUUUAAUUAACAUUGGCUGAUGGUAUACAGCAAGGGCAAAAUGGAUGCAUUGUUCAAAUUAGGCUUUUUGUUUGCAGCGUGUGCAAGGAAGAAUAUCCUUUUGGCGUGUUAUUUGCUUACAUGAGCAACCACAAACAUUAAUGCCAGCUCUGCUAAGUUACCUUGUAAUAUUUAGCACAUCAUGUGCUGAUAUAUCCUGAAUUGUUAAAUAAACCAUAAACCUGUCCUACUAGUAUGUCAUAAGUCAUGAACAGAGUGAACCUUUCACCUAGAUUGAGUAUUUUGGGGUAGAGUUGGAAAAAGAAGUACAAGAAAUCAAAUAAUUGCUGUAAGAAUGUGAUUUCUUCUCAUUGAUGUGAGCACCUCUUUAGACCCAUCCAUCAAUCUUUAUUUAUAAAGUGGAUUUUAAGAAAGGAAAAAAAAAAAAGAUAAAAUACAAACAUAUGUGAAACAUUAAAACUUAGAAAGCCAUCCUUUCAAAAUAAAGGGUUAGAAGUAGUGGAAAGACUUAUCAUUGGAAGAUUAAUAUUGUGCUCUUUAAAGGAUUAGCAAAAUGUGACAGUGCAAUAAAAUUUGCUUUAAAUAAACUCAUUUACUUAAUAGAUUCAGACAUGUAGUUUUAAAACAUGUAAUUUGAAUGGACUAGUGUUAUGAAAGCCAAUAAAUUGUAUGUAGGCUAUCAGUCAUGUUUUAAUGUAUAAAAUAACGGAAAUAAAGUAUGCUUUGUGUUUAGCUCAUCUGUAUUCAAUACAUAAUAAAACAAGCAAUCAGAAGUUUACAUGUAUUUUUAUGGAGGGCUGAAGAAAAUUAAUUCUAAUAAGCACACAUGCUCUGUGAAAGAAGUUUUACAAUAAGCUCGAGUGAGUAUAGAUCUUGUUGUAGUCCAUAAAACUAACCUGCACUUUACUGCAUGACCAUUAUUUGGUUAUAGCAAACAAGCACUACUGUGAACUUGCCAGGACUUUUGUUCCCCUGAUAGACGGACAGAGUAUAUAUUUGCAAAUAAACUUUUCUGAAAAAACCUACAAUGGUGUGGCACUCGUCAUGUGUGUGUGGUGGAGAUAAUACAAUAUCCUAUUAUGUUUCACUUGAAAGGUCCAGGCCGGCUACAAAGGGUCAUAAUUAGAGAGGCAAGACAGGAUGCUGACAGCGGCAGUACUGGAAAUCAGCCUAGCCAAACAAGGGAACUUGUUCUGGUUGCCAUAACCACCAACCAGAGCAGGAAUAGAAUUAAAACAAACUUCCUAAUUUUACUUUACUCAUUGUAUUAUGUAUUUGGUGCUGUAUAACCCAUAUCUGGCAUUCUCGAAAAUAAGCAGUGUGUUUGCACGUUAACCAUUUAAUGCAAGACCAUAAUAUUGUCCAGUUUCAAUAUUGUUUACAUUACCCCUAUGCUUUGAUUGCGUGUUUUUAUGUUUGUGGAGUUUAAGCACUCAGAAAUAAAGACAAUAUCAAACAUACCCUAACAUUUAAUAUGAUCAAAUGUGGACCUGAAGUGCUUUGGUAAACCGCUAACCACUCAGCAGUAUAAAUCACACAUCCAUCCGUCUUAUUUCUCAAGUUGAUUAUUUUAGAAAUGUUCAAAUCAGGAGUAUUGCCUUGUUCAAAAACUUUAUCUCACAAUAUAUUUUCAACAGAUUAUUGAACAUGCAAGAUCUCAUUCAGUUAGUCCUGGGGCAGACCGUAAACUACAUUUUGUGGCAAAUCGUGAUCUUCAGUCCAGUAGAUUGCAGAAAUCACCAAAGGUUUGCAUGCAAUAAAACGCAAAAUAGAAAUGAGCAAGUUUUAAUGUGUCAGUUUAAGUGUUUAAAGCGUAAUUAUUAGGUUUGAAAUAAAAUAAGAUACUGUAUCUGUCAAUUUUAAAUAAGAUUUAUUCACACAGCCCAUUUUAUAUAAAUCCCUUACUGCCCCCAAAAUAUAGGUUUUUGGGAUUUCUAAUUCAGUUAUCAACUCAACUGCAACUGCCAGGAACCUUUACGGUGUUUCAAUAUGACAUGUAGAACUAUUACUGGAUACUGAAGGUUAUAAAGAAGAGAAGAUGAUUAAGGCUUUUUAUUCCAAAACUACAAAACUCAGAAUUUGAAAAGAAACAAACUAAUAACUUAGUCCAAAAGCUAUAAAACAAGUUAUGCUAUGUUUCCAACAGAUUAAUGAUAAAAUCAGAUCAGGUUUAUUUAUCUACAGACAAUUGAGAGUAAAAGUAGCCCUCAUUCCUGCAUUGCAGAAAUUGCUAAAUCCACAUUUGUACAUAGAAUAUCUGUUAUUCUAGGCCAGUGAUGGCCAACAUUUCAAAGUGAAACUGCUAUGGAUUAUAUAUGUAUACAUUUCUAUAAUACUCAGCCAGCUACACUUCCUUAGCAACUGUGAUACUUACCUUAAUAGUGCCUGUAUGCAUUCUUAUUCUUGCUACAUUUCUAUUUUAGAGUCCUAGGAAAAAUUAUGCAAAAGAUGUUAGUGCUGAAAAACACAAAGAUGUAAAGUAUACGAGCAAUGGUUACACUCCAUAUCCUUACGAAUUACAGAGACGAAAACAGGGAGAUUGGAACCCACAACUUGUAAACAUUACUGAACCAAAGGUAGAGGUAACUUUAGCUUGCAUUGCAAAUGUUUUAGAGCAGGAUCGGACGGUUUGGUAUGAAGAAAAGUAGUAAGAAUUACGAGAUUUUUUUUUAUAAAGCUAUGCUUUUAUAUUUUAACUAGGUCCACCACCUCAGCUACCCUUAUUUAUAAUAUCAGGAAGAACCUGUGGUCACCCUGGCAGAGUUGUAUUUGUGAGCAGUGUUUUGAAUAUAUGUUUUGUAUAGAGUAUGUGUAUGAACAUGUAUGUAUUGGUGCGUUGUGUUGGCAUUUGAUGCAGUUAUGUUUUCGUAUCUACUGUUGCCAUUUGAAAGCAGUGAUGUACUUGUGUGUUGUGUUUGUAUAUGUUUGUUUGUAGAACUAGCGUUUGAUUGCUAGGAUGCAUGCACAUACACACAGAUAUACACACUAAAACACAGAUCACAAUUUACAUAUUUUUAGCCACCCCUAUGCUUCCAUACCUUUUGGGUGCAGAAAGGUGACUUCCUUGGGGUCUGGUGGCAUCUGGCUGAGUACCAUGGAAGUCUGGUACAUACUUCCUCCCAGCACUGUGACUUCACAUCUACAAGGGGCUUGGUGGCACUGUUAAAGUGUGACAUCCUCUGAUCAAAGAUGGCCAUUGCAGGAGUGUGCCUAAAGCAUUAAAGCACCACCAGUAUUUCUCAUUGGUAUAAUCAAUGAGUUGUAGAGCAUGCAAUGCACUGUUCCAUUGAGAAAGCAAUUGUAUAGUCCAGUGGUUUCCAAACCUGUCCUCAAGGUCCAGGAUUUAGGGAUUACCCAGUUGUGUCUAAGGAGUUUUUAGAAAGAAAGAAAAAAAUCUAACACUUUGACACAACUAGUUAUUCCCUAAAUCCUGGACUGGUAGAUGUGUCUUGAGUAAUGGUUUGGAAAACACUAGUAUAUGCUGUCUCUCUUGAGUUUUCCUCAAGAGUAAGGAGUGAUGAGCCAAGUCACUGGUUUUAUACUACUGAGCAGGAGUGACCGUAACCCAGAGCAUCAUCUUGCACUUUCCCAUGACAGAUGGUGUGGAUUUAGCCAACUCAGUUUGUAGGAGACUGUAAAGGUACAAAACCUUAUACAGAUAGGUUUGUGGCAUAAAUGUCUCAAGACAGUGAGUUGCUUAUUUAGAUGAAUUUGUUGUGGUAUAGAGGAAAUUAAAUGGACCAAUUACAUGUAUCAAAUGCUAUGCAUGAAAGACCGUCUGGACUGUCUCCGUAAUGUAGGUGAAGAUAAAGAAUUGGUGGAUUCGAAAAACUAGGAAAGAGGGGUCUGACUUAUAGCUCAUUCCAUAAGCCCCUUGCUAACUUAUAGAAAGAGCCACAAUUCAGACGCAAGUGGGAAGGGAGGCGAGGGGAAGGAUAUAAAGUUAGGUCUAACUUUCAGGCAAUAUAAUAAUGCCCUAUAGCCAGCAUGGCUUUUAGGUGUGUGUGGGUGGGGGCCUGCUAACCUUUUCUGUGAGUGAUCAUUAGCCCAUUCACUGAAGAGUAAUAGGCCGCAUACUUGGCUAUAUUUUAAUUUAACAGCACACACCUCCGUAUUCCAGUAUAUAUUUCUCUCUUUGUGAAAAUGUGUAACAGUAUAAAGCAAGACAUAUGGUUUCUUUUUAACCAGAGUUAUUUUCUUUUAUUCACAGGGUACAGUGAAUGUAAGGUUUGUUCAAAACUACAAUAUUUGUAAAGACAGAGAAACUUCACAUUUUGAAAACGGUAUCCGUGAAGAGUGCAAAACCCAAAGGCAAUCAGAAGAAAAUAACCAGGAGCAAAGCAACAUAUAUACAGCUAGCUUAAUCAUAGUUCUUCUCUUGAUAAUGAUCAGUGUAUUAUGUAAUUUAUAACACAAUAUGGUGGCAUCUUUGUUUUUCCUUUACUCAUAUUCAAGAAUUGCUAGCAGGUGGAAACCUCAAGAUCUUUUAGCAGAUAGUUUCAGAGUAAUUGGCUGUUUAAAAACAAAAAAAGUGAUAAGAUGAAUUAAACAGAUUUUAUAUUUUAAUAAAAUGCUUCACUACCCUUUUUAAAAACAGGUGUGUUUAAUCAGUGCAUGAAGAAAACAAAAAAAAAAAACAUACUUUACAGUUGC